AUGUUUAUCUGGUUGUGCUGGGCAACAACUUUCGCUGAAGUAGGAUUGUCACCCAUAACUAUUACAAGAACAGGUGAAAUUUAGGGCGGCUUACAAUUGGUUGACGUGAGAGAAAGAAACUCAUUGAAACAAAGGUUCCUAGAGGUCUAGUUGUACCAAUCACGAGUUAAAGCAAGUGACAUGUACCCAACCUCGUCCCCAGGGAAAAGCCCUGGGGACGAGGUUGACAUGUACCCUACACCAGAGCGGAGAAAUGUUUGAAAUGUUUUCUUCGGCCUCUGAUCGGUUGAAAAGAAAAACUGGCCCGAAAUUUCAUAUUAACCAGUCUCAAACUAACAACUGAUCAUUUACUGAAAAGAACCAUGAAGGAUCGCAAACAGAUUUGCCGAAAGACGUCGUGUGGAAGUCUUGCAAAGUUAAGACUUACUUGGUAAGAUCAGCUUUGCAGAUUUAUUUUACUCCAAAGCAUAAGCGAAGCCCAAGUAGUGUACAAGUACAUGUCUUAGUUGAUUGUUACAGUUUAAUGCGCCUUGUCUCAGAAUCGAUAUUGAUCUUAUGACGUCAUCGCUUAAGUGUUUCCUCGUGAACAAAGAGGGGAGUUUCUUUAAAAGAAGAGAGAACGUAUUGACAAUUUAUUGUGUAAGUACAAUAAACACUGAUGAAGGUACGCUAAAAGAUAUGUAUUAUUUGUUUUAGAGCCCGACACAUUUCGUGGUAACAUUUCAGUCAUAUAUACCAAGCGACCCAACCCAUUGAUAGGUCCCUCAGAAUCACAGUUGGUGUCUGUAGGAGCACUUUUCCCACCAUGUAUCAGAGAGGACCAUGCACUCAACCUUCAGCAGGUACAAACUUUGCAUCCACGCCUUCAAGCAAGAGGAGAGAAACUGGGCUGCUGUGAAGUUACAAAACUUAAUUUAGCUGGAACGACGACAGAGGUAUUGAAAUGGGCAUUCAUUCAGCAUAUCCGUGUUACUAACUGAACGUUUUCAGCAAGGAUUUUAGUGUUCCAAACAGUUUUUAUAUAUUCAGAAAUGGAACUGGUCCAAGAAUAAAACUUAAAGUUAUUAAAGUUGGAUAACGUUUCGAUGUCUAAAUGUCAUCUCUUUAUUUCGAUAUCGCUUGAUUUAUUUCAAAAUCUGUCAUCAGAAUUGAGAUCAUGAGAAGUAAAUGCCCUCUGUUCUACAGAUCUAUAAACAAAAUUGUGACGUUUACCUUGAACGUGUUUGUAGGCAGAAUGCACUGUUCUCGCGGAUGGCCAUGCUCAGUGGAGAGCAACACAGUGCAGUCAGCGGUCUUCAUUGCAGUCGGUUGUACAACAUGUUUUAAGGCCUUGUUGUGGAGAGUUCGAUGGGCAAUGCACGCUGACCAGUCCUCAGCAUUGUUGGUUUUUAAAAGGUCGGUUUCAUGUUCACGCGGAGCACUGCACUCAGGUAUGACAUGCGCAUAGUGACCAUCCAUUCAAAAGUGCGUCCUCUUCCUCCAUGCUAUACGUGAAAAUAGUGCUGAAAAUAGAUCCGAUCAAACAAACAAAUAAAACUCUUUGUUUGUUUCGGACCAAUGAAAACGGAGACUUCCCAAAUAUUUAAUCGCAGCAUCUUUCCUGUUCGGUGUAACCACCGCAGACCAAGACCAUAGACGCUUGAAUUACAGUACAUCUUGUUUAAUUACCUUUGAAUAAAAAAUUCUGCUAAGUAAAAGCUUUGCAAAUUGUUUCGUCAACACAAGGCAACAGCUAAGGUGUCAUAGGAAACGUUCUUCUCUCAAGGAGGCAUGGUUGACGGAAGGAAUUCCCGAGAUAUAUUUGUCCGCGUUCUCCACCAAAAAUUUUAUAAAGCUCAAACCCGGCAUGUUCUCUAGAGCUCUAUAUUUACCAAUUCCUCCACCUAGUUCUGUAUUCGAAUAAUUUGUUACGUUCUUAGAAGAUCGAAAACGGGAUCGUUUUCAAGUCACUUUGAAUAGAUGGCGCUUUAUAAGAUCUCAAAAGAGACAAAUUACAUGCAUGUAAAGAAAGACACAACAUGAACGAACUAUGUCACUCACAAGACUCUACUCAUCGUCAGUAUUAGAAUGUAAAAUACUAGCAAACAAUCUCAUUGCUAAAACUCUCUCCCCUUUCCAGGGUAAGUUCUAUAAGUUCUCGGCUGUAGCUAAGUUCCAGUUGACUGAAGGACAAGAUUAUAACAGCUGGAUUAGACGAAAAAGCAAUGUAAAGAACAUAUUUCUUUUUCAGGUUGACUGCCUGCAGCAACUUUGUAUUUUAGGAGCUCGGGAAGAACUCAGUAAUGAGCAACACGUAACACAAUACUCUCCUCGUCAUCCAAAUCAGUGGUGGCGUCUUGUGUCGUCAAUGUACUUGCACCGAGGAAUUCUGGACUGGAUUGUGUUUACAUCUCUCCAAAUAUGGGUAACUUGGUGUCAGGAGUGCUCUCAAGGAUGGUUGCGCAUGGCCCUAGUUUAUCAUACCGCUGGUGUUGGUGGACAUUUGGUGAGGAGUACAGGACACUUGGAGUGUUCUAUCGAACCUUGGAAAGUAGAUUGCUAAUUAUGGCCUGGAGCCAUAAGAAUUUUCAAGCUCUUCCCCAUUUAUAAUCUGUCGACCUGCUUGUAGUCUUAUGACGGAGCAAACAGAGAUUACUGUUGUCUACACCCUAAGGUUAUGACUAUCAUGACAGUCGACUCUUUCUUCACAGACACUUCUGCAAGACGGACACCUAGACACUCUUAGACGGACACUUAGUGGGGGUCACAAAGGUGUAUUUCUUACAGGGAGGUGACUGUAUUAUAAGGUGUUACCUACCUACCUACCUUCCUACCUCCCUUCCUACCUACCUCCCUUCCUAGCUACCUUCCUAGCUACCUUCCUAGCUACCUUCCUCACCUACUUACCUACCUACCUACCUUCCUACCCACCUUCCUACAGACCUACCUUCCCACCUACCUUCCUACCCACUUUUCUACCUACCUAUCUGCCUACCUUCCUACCUACCUACCUACCUACCUAUUUACCUACCCUCCUACCUACCUUCCUACAUACCAACUUUAUCUGUUCGCAAAACACUGUAAACGAUAUACAACAGCUACAAAAAACUACAAGUGAGUUUUAUUCAUUGUCAGUAACUGUUAUUUCAUUAAAAUUCAACAUUUUAUUUCUUUCCACAGAUUGGUUCCUUAUUCACAAAUUACGAUUCGCCACAGGCCGGUGCUGGUCCAGCUGUGGGUGGCAUUGUAGGAGUGGCACUAGUAGAACAUUUCAUACUUUUGUCGAAACCCAAAAAAAGUUUAGCCAUGUUAAUUGGCUCAGUGCUUACACUAUUUGCUUUUGGAACUCUGCCGCAAGUUAAUAAUUUUUCCCUGAUAGUCGGUUUACUUUAUGGGUGCAUGUUUGCUAUGUUGUUUUGGUCUUGCAUCAUGUUUCAAAGAAGAGUGGCUUUGAUUCAGUCUCUAUUAAUUUUUGUAAUAGUUAUAUUGUUUCUAUUUAGCCUUGUCUUAUUUUAUGGAGUGCAACAAAUUCGGGCAGACUCCUUUUUCAGUUUUAUAAAUUGUAUUCCUUAUGUAAAAGGUUUGUGUGAUUAUGUCUGACUAAUGCGUCAUAGAGACAGGAAUUAAAAGUUGUUGUGAUAAUGUAUUAAAUCUGUCUCUUUAAAUUCAGUAUCACUCCCUGGCUUUAAGUUUUCCACAUCCCACUUAUCGAUAGUCGAGUGUUCUUUAGGUUUUCUUUCUAAGUCGAUUCACUGCGAACAAAAGAGCCUCGAUUUCGAGGGCCAUACCUUAAAUCGAGGCAAAAAGGUGAUAUUCAUCUAGCCGAUUUUUUGAAAACCAACCUAACGAAAUUUGCAGUCAUUUGAGUGAACAGACGUCAAAAGGCAGUUUUUUUAAGCCCUAGAAGCUUCAAAAUCACAGUAACGAAGGAAAAAAAGGAGAAAGAGAAAGAGCGAGGAGAAGGAAAGAAGGAGAAGAGAAAAAAGCAGUGGUUGCAUAUCUAGUUUUAUAAUAGCUACUUCGUUUCAAGAUAGUUUUUGGCCGAAAAAAACUGUCGGACGCAAAAAGGUCCAUUUGGCGAUAACAUUUUCAAAACUCCGGCUAGACGUACAUGCAUACAUACGGUCCACCUCCUCUUCAAGCACAGGCAACCCAGGCUGGUCAGUAAGCUGCGAGGCCUGGGGCGCUUUCCAUUUACGAAAAAAAAACCGGAAAUUUCGGUGGUAGCAAAAGUGGAAUUUCCGAUUGGUAAAAAGUUGUUCCAUUUGGCUGAUUUGGUCGUAAACCCCGGUACGUGGCCGGGUGCCCGACCGUAGACCUGGAACUGGUACAAACUACGAGUUUUUAAUUUACGAUAAAAUUGCAAAAAAAAAAAAAAGAAGAAGAAGAAGCACAGCCAAUAGACUGGAAGUCCCAGGCCUAAAAAUAAAUUCCAAAAGUUGUCCAAUCAACAGGGGAAAAACCCACGGGACCAAGUUGAAAAACUGGCAACACCCUUUUAAUCAUUUUUUUUAUUGACAUUUUUCUGCAGAAACCCAGUUCGAAACGUGUUCCAUUUACCGCCGAACCGGUUUAAAUUCCGAAAUUUUGACAAACAGUGCAUUUAUUAUUCAUUUUCUUCAUCUUCGAAUCCACGAAUGGACCACCCAGGAUUGGAUGGAGAUAAAUAAAUACUACUUUUAAAAAUAAGCAGUUUUCCAGUCCAUUUUCGAUACAAAGGCUUUCCAGCUCGCGUUUUUAGGCCCAGUGCAGCCACUUCUAAUACGUGGACGAAACCCAAAACUUUACCGACGGAGUGGUAGCAUAAAUCACGUGGUCAAACGCCCCGCUGUCGUGGAAAAGUGGUUUCCAGCGUCGCUAAAUUUGUCAUAUACAAAAGGCUGUUUUCUCAGGCUAGUUGUGUCGCAGCAAUUACGAAGACCGAACGAAGACCCGGACAUAUAGAUGAUUCAAUAAGGGUUGCUUGCUUUGGGUAUUGGGAAAUGGCCAUUGAACAAUGGCAUUUGGGCAUACUGGGAACAAACAAUAGCUUCCUAGCGCCCACUUCCCAAUGCUCAAAGCAACCUUUUUUGGCGCGCAACUUUUUUCGGAGACUGAGCCUAGGUACUUCAUAUAUGAUGCAUGGCACUUGUCUGUCUUGUGUCUUGGAUCGCUUGACUGUCUUGGCCUACUUCACUGUUCAGUUACUUGGGUUGCUUGAGUUACUUGGAUUGCUUGUGCGCAGCGUACUAAAUUUCGACUCGAGUGAUGCUGGCGGCCUGAAGAGAGAUGAGUGGUCUAAGAGAAGAGGUUUUGGAAGCUGCAAAGUCUGGAGACGCUGUGCUCCUAAACGAGAUUCUUAUGAAGCUGGAUUGUACCAAAAGAAUAUCUGUAUUAGCUGCUUUUGAACGACGCAACACACCCCUUAUACUUGCUGUUCAAAAUGGGAAUCUCGAUUGUGUGAAAGUGCUUGUAAAGUAUGGAGCAGAUAUUGAAGGGAGAGGAUAUUUGAUUUAUCUUGGUGAAGACGAUCUACGCCGCGUAUACCGAUCCUGCACACCUUUGUUCGUUGCUGCUGCUUAUGGAAAUGUUGAGAUUUUGAAAUUCUUGGUUGAAAAUGGAGCUAAUGUUAAUACAAACAAUAAUCAUGACAGCAUCUCCCCACUGAUGGUUGCUAUUAAACACCAAUUCACUGAUGCUGUGAGCUUUCUUAUUGAUCAAGGUGCUGAUGGGAAUUCACAGGACAACAGUGGCAAAACUGCCCUUCACUGUGCUAUUGAACAAAAUUUUGAUGCCUUAAGUUGUUUAAUUACUCAUGGCGCUGACAUAAAUGCUGUUACAAAUGAGAAAUGCACUCCUUUGAUGAUAGCGUGUAAGCAUAACAAUGACAGUGUAGUCAACUUUCUUCUUGAAAAUGGAGCUGAUGUGGCUCUUAGAGACAACAACGGAGAAACAGCGCUUCACUAUGUUUGGAAUCGUUCAGGCUCAUCUGCAAAGAUUUUGAGUUCCCUGAUUAAAUAUGGUGUUGACAUUAAUACAAGAAGAAACAAUCCAAUUAAUGAAACCCAUCUGAUGAAUGCUAGCCAUUGUAGUGCUGUGACAACAGUAUCUUUGCUCAUUGAGCAUGGUGCUAGUGUGAAUCUUCAAGACCAAUGUGGUAAUACAGCUCUUCAUUAUGCUGUAACAGAAAAAUCUGAAGAAACUAUUUGUGCUCUUGUGAAUGCUGGAGCAUCUCAUUUGUGUAAUGGUCGAGAAUUGACUCCUCUCCUGUUAGCUUGUAAUGAUUGCUAUGUAACAAUGGUAGAAUGUUUAAUCAAGCAACCGGGGAUGACAAAAGAGGAAAAGAUUAAUGCGUUAGAACUUCUUGGAGCUUCUAUUUUAAUUGAGUGUGUCUGUAAAGAGGAAUUUGAUCAUGGAAGUGACAUUGAGGAGGGACUCAUGUACAUCAAACGUGGAAUGAUAGAGAGGUUUUCUGAUCCAUCCGAUCCUUUGUUAAAAAGGCAGAUGGAACCUGUUGAAGCUUAUCAGAAUAGAAAAGAGAGUCAAACAUUUGAGGAACUAGUUCAGAGAGAAAGUGACAGGGAUGAAGAUAUCAUUGUGGAAAGCCUUCUUAUCAGAGAGAGAAUCCUUGGAAGGUACCAUGUAGAACUGAUUCAACCAAUAAGAGAUGCUGCUAAUUACUUCUCUUGUGCUGAAGAUUUUUCUUCCUGUGUAAGGUUGUAUAGGCAUGCAAUGAAAACAGCCCAGGGUUGUGAUCAAUUGGCUGUCUUAGACUUACGUGACAUAAGCAGUGAACUGUGCAACUGGUUGGAAACGGCAAAGAGGAAAGGUUCGAUUGAAGAGGACUUUUUUGAAGUUCUUAACCAAACAAUUCUUGAUCUUGACCAUGAAAUGCAGAGAAAGAAGACAUACAGGCAGGGUUGGAUUGGUUGCCUGUUCUAUGCCGUACAGGAACUUUUUUUCAUGAUAAGUAAGGUUGAAUGUGCUGAAGGAGUGAAACUCUCAAGCUUAGGACUUUUAUUGAAAACUAUUUGCAAUUUAGAUCCUCGAGAUAGUGGUGGCAAUACAUUGUUACACAAGUUUGCCAUGGAUCAUGGUGGAGUGUCUUCAUGUUCAUACACUGGUGCAGUGAAACUUCUUUUGAGUGCAGGAUUAAAUGUUAAUGCCACCAAUGGCAAUGGUGAUACUCCCCUUCACAUAGUUGCUACUUUAAAACCCGGUGAGGACAACAUCCAUCUUUUAACUGACAUGUUGCAGGUUUUGUUUGAUGGAGGUGCUCACCAUGAUUUUGUUAACAAGAAUGGUAAAACACCCAUAGAUUUGGCUGAAACUAAUGAGGCAGUGAUGAUUAUUUCAGACCAAAGUAAACUGGAGUUACUGUGUAUCAGUGCCAGAGCUGUCAGAAAGUUUGGAAUUCCCUAUUUGGGGAUAGUGCCCAAAACUUUGGAGAAAUACAUUAGCAGGCAUUAAAAUGCAUACUUUUUAUCACUUAAAUAAUUAUGACAUAGCUGGAAUAUUCACCUAAGAAAAUUUAAUAGCACUAGUGUGCUACAUAUUCCCAAAGGUUAUGGUGUUGAGGAAAGAAGUCUGCGAUUGAUGGGCUCCUACUUCACAGACCGUUAUAACAGGGUCAAGUUAGGAUCUGUAGUGAGUGAGUGGCAGAGGGUGACCAGGGGAUGGCCACAGGGUUCUGCAUUUGGACCUCUCAUCUGGAACAUCUUCCAAAAUGAUUUGAUUUAUACUGUUGAUCCGAACAUGAAUAUGUAUGCAGAUGACCACCAGUUUUAUGCCGUUGGCAGCACCCUCUCUGAUGUGCAUGAUGGUCUUGCUGUUUGCACUGAGUCAGCAUCUUCAUGGUACAGAGCUAAUUUACUAAAGGGAAAUUUGGACAAGUACCAGACAAUGGCACUUAGUUGCGGAAGGGAGACUAUGGACAGUAUUAUGAUUGACAAUCAUGAAGUCAGAUCCACUGAAUGUCUCAAGCUAUUAGGUGUCUGUAUUGAUAACAAUCUUCGUUUUGAUGAACAUAUAAGUAGUAUCUCUGAGAAGAGUGCCCAGCGGGUAGGCGUUCUCAUGAGGCUUAGGAACCUUAUACCCACACAAACUAAGUUCCAGUUAUAUAAGGCAGCUGUUCUCAUAGCCUGCGUAUCAGGGCGGUUUUGUUGAGCAGGGAGCACGAGCUGCGAAGCUGCGAGAAAAAUAAAAGUUGCUCCCGCCCCAAUCUCCUCGCGGUUUCUCUGCCCUUGCCUGCCUUUGUUACUUAGUACGCCCAACCAAAACCGCCAUGCUACGCAGGCUACUGUUCUUCCGUAUUUAACCUACUGUCAUCUUAUAUGGCAUUUUUGCCGUGCUAGCGAUUCUAGAUGAUUAGAGUGUAUCCAGGAAAGAGCACUUAGAGCUAUGUAUUGUGAUAAACAUUUGUCCUAUGGUCAAUUACUAUCUAUGGCUUGGCUAUCUGCUCUACACAACCGGCGACUACAGGACUUAGCUAUUCUCAUGUAUAAAGUUAAAAACAACAUAUGCCCAACAUACAUUAGCACUCUCUUUGAACAGCUUGCAAUUAAGUAUAAACUGUGCAAUCAUGACUUCACUAUACCCAGAUUCAACACAGUCUCCUUUGGAAAGCACUCGCUCAGGUAUAUGGGCCCAAAGGCAUGGAGCUCUGUUCCUAGUAACGUGAAGAAAGCUUCCACGUUGUCCUCCUUCAAGUAUAACAUCAGGAAAGUGGAUCUUAGCAUGCUAUUAGAUGACAAUAACUGCUCUAACUGCUCUCUUUGCAUUUCUUAAUUUUUUAUUUCUUAUUUUUUAUAAGAUAAUGGAUACAUUUGUACAUAUUGUAUAUAGUUCUCUCGAAUUUCUUAUUUGCUUAUACUGUACAUAGUUUUUCUUAAUUUCUUAAUUCUUAUAUUCUUUGUUUUUUUCAUUUUUAAUUAAUUAAUUGAUUUAUUCUUUUUUAACUUAUUUUAGUGUCCCCACUUAGUGGUUAUACACGGCUAUUACAGUUUUGACACUUUAAUAAAGGUAUCAUCAUCAUCAUCAUCAUUAAGCACGCUGAUGACGUGAAUAAACUGGGCCUUAAUGGGUUGUUGUGAGCUUAGCAAUCCUCCCAAGAUGUCUCCCAAGUGCAUCCAUAACUCAACAGUAAACAAUGUAACGUGUACCAUGUGUUUUAUAACAUAAAUUUAGGAGUCGACUUUUGAAUUUGUUUCAUGUGAAAAUGAGGUGAGUGUUGUUGUUGUUGUUGUCAUCUGCGUGAGCUGUGCUGGCUAUAGCUUGUGCAAAUCAUUCUUUGCAAAGUUGCUUUUCUCAAAAAGAAUUUUUAAUAUUUUUCCGGCACCUCCAUAUGGAUUCUAUUUUACACAGCCUAGUUCCUAGGCAUUGUCUCUUGCCGUGUUGUCCACACAAAGUCUGGGAAACAGUUGGCAAGAGAAUGCCUAGCAAAUAUUGCCAAAAUAUGUCUGAUUUUAGCACGAAAAAACCCCUGGUCACAUUAUUUUUACAAGUUUCAGCAUCUUUGUUUUGCAAAAGCCACUCCCAAUCGUAAGGAAAUGUCAAGAAACACCGGUAAGUUCUAACUUUUUGGAGUCUGGGGAGCAGUGGCCGAGGAUAGUUGGCUGUUUAUUUUUAUUUGUGUGAACGCUUUUGCUUGUUUCCAAUUGCAAAAUCAAAUCAAACACAGCGCCGUAGCUAGAAUGAGGCCAACCGAGGCACUCGCCUCGGUAAAAUUUUGACGAAUUUCGCCGAUCAUUUUUAUUUUACAUAAGCGAUCAUCGGAUAUUUUUAACGCAUCAUGAUAUUACAAAGAAUUCAGCAAUUCAGUCAAUAUACUAUGAAAAAAUUACCACAUCAUCGAUCUCAAGGGGCUACGUAGGUUAACUCAAAUUUUGAAAUCAAAACCAUUGGCGAGGUUAACGGUCACCCAGAUUAUGUAGCUUGUUUCUGAUUAUUGCUUUUUAAAUUCCACUUAAAUUAACUCGAAAAAAAGUUACCGAAAGGCCCAGAAAACGCUGCAAAUCGCAUUUCCGAGAGACUAAAGUUCAAAAUUUCUCAGGGGGAGGGGGGGCAUGCCCCCGAACCCCCCUAGCAACUCCCGCCUGCCUCGGUUGGCCGUUUGGUCUGGCUACGGCACUGAAACAACUGCGAAGCAAAUACCUGUGCUUGCAGACAGGGAAUUUUUUUCCUUUUUGUUGUUUUUUUUUUUCUGUUUUGUAUUUGUUAUGUUGCUUUGACUCAAAUGCUUAAAAAAAACUAAAGGAGAUAACACCUCUGUACCUUUGCUGAUUCACAGUUCGAAACAAUACACUACAAUUGACCCUUGCUGAUUUAAACAUAGCUUCCAUUAAUGUCUGGGGGCGGGGGGGGGGCACUCCCUUAUUUGGCCUGUGCGGGUAUGUGCCGCUGAACUUAAGGUAUGGUUUUCAAGGUCUUGAGUCUAAAAUUUCACUGUUAAGCAACUCAGCAGGGUGUCUUUUUGGACUGGAAGCCUUUUUCGUAAAUAUCUAUUUUCACGAUUUUAGUGUGAAAAACUACUUCCAGCCUUUUAUUGUUUGAUUUAAAUUAUAAUUCUUUUGAUUGGAGCUUCGCUUUUAGCGCUGGCUUAAUCCGUAUAUUAAUAUAUCGUAAAAGAAACAAGAAGCGUAGAGUAGGCGUGCAGAGGAAGGUCUUCCUGUUCUCAGACCGCCCUUUGCAGAGAAUGAGCUAAGCAGGCAAACAAUUAAUCACCAAAUUACAGCGCGAAAAUGCAGCAUUAAAAGAAAGAUGCAACAAGCUAGAAGGUAUUGUAUUGACGAGAUGACUAGUUUCAUCCUUUAUUAGAAACAUUUUUUUAUUAAUUUUCAGAGCCAACUUUUGAUGAGCAGUUCAAAACGUUCCACAAGACUCACUAAACAUUACAAGGAUGGAGGGCAGCGGCUAUACGACCCUGCAGACAUGGAAAAAUUUGCCAACAAGUGCACCCCUGGAUUGUUCGAGGCCGUGCCUUGUGUCUAGUCAAGAAUGAUGAAAAACAACAGCUUUCGAAAAGACAUGAAAUACUGAGACUGCGAGUUGUGGCACUUUCAUCAGCUGUCUUACUUUAGAAACCAAGUUCUAAUAAUGAUAAUGGUAAUGAUAAUGAUAAUGAUAAUAAUAAUAAUAGUAAUAAUAAUAAUAACAGGAACCAUACUUUAGAAAGACACUUAAAUUAAAUUAAACACCAUGGUGUGUAAUAGACGAACAGAAAAAAAACAAUCCCUGACUGUGGGUUGCACUUGUCCUUUCAUGGUGCCAGUGAUGAUGCUUUGACAGCUGGCUCACUUCUAGGGUUUAGCACUCACCCGAAGUGUGCUAAAUCAUAAAAAAGGAUUGUCUGGAAAAAGCAUUCACAAGACACAAGCGAUUGAGCCAUAAAGGCAGGUACAUGUAUUUACGUGCUGAAACAAUUCAUUGUUAAACAUCUGCCACUGCACAACACCCCUGGCCAAAACAAUAAGUUGACACAAGGUGAGGUGGCUGGAUGUAAAGAAAGCAGGGGGCUAAAUAGAAGGCACAAGGACCUUGUAACAAGGAGACAAAAACAACAAAAUAGAGUGAUUUUAUUUGAACUGUGAAACAGAUAUUAACAAACAGUGCAAAAUAGCAAGAGGUAAACAAAAGAAGACAAUGGAAUUAAUACAUAAUAGUGCAUAGUAUUCUUCUACCUGUUUCACGGUUUAAGUAAAAUGAUUUUAAUUUAUCAGUCCACAGAUGUACACUGAUCCAGUUGAAAAUUCCUCCCCAACAGAACAACAACUUCCUCCUGCUCAUUAUAGAUGAUUUUCAUUGUGUCCAGUCUAUAAAAGACCCCAAACAGAGCCAGCUGAGCAAGUGCCUUCACAUGUGUACUGGAGUAGUGGAUCACCAAGAAUCUAUACCGCUAACAACAAGAAAUGUCCACGGGUUGUACCUGUCCGAAUUGCUGGGGUGCAAUUGUUAACUGCCGGGAGGAAUUGAUGCCAACAAAGUGAAUGAGUUGUUUCAAGAGCAUUUGUCAAAUUAUUUUACAUUCAGUUAUUUAGACUCUCUACCUGCUGAUUUCAGCCAGUUUGACCUGACAAAUGUAAACAAAGUUUAGUUGAAUUAAGGUAUGAUUUACAACAAAUCAGAAACCUAAAAGUCAAGGUCGUGGUCUAAUAGUCAUUAAAAGCCAAAGCUUGUACAAAAAGAAUAAUUUAACACUUUUAAGUAAUAGAUUUUAGUAAUGUAUUUUAUCCAAACUUUUCAUGCCAUUUAACACUUUGGCAUAAAUCAAUGCCACAGAAAUUUUACAAUUAACUGGCAACCAUAAAUAUCUUUAUUAUAAAUUCCCCUCAAAAAUGAAAUUGGCAACUCCCAAUGUCAAUAACUAGUUUUACAUACAGCCCAUCAUAAAUUUUUCCACAUACCACUUUGCAUUGUCUCACAAUGUAGAAUUUGAAAUGGAAAAUUUAAUAUUGAAUGGAUAAUUGACUUUCAAAAAUGUUGCAUAAGGGUGCCAAAAAGAGCAUGUACAAUGUUUCAUGAUACAAACAAUAACAAAUACCUUGUAGAGUGUAUACAGAUGAGGCCAGACAUGACUUGGAUUUGCUGUCCAACACUUGGCUAGUUGACUAAUUUGAACAGUCCCUUAAGAGCAUGGCAAAUUAUAGACAAGCAAAUGCAGCACCUCAAUGAAAAUUUUCUAGGUACUCAUACAUGAAGCACGUACCCUUACUCUAGUCACGAGAUUUCAGUUUCGUUUUAGAACAAUGCAAGGUCCACGGUGUUACUUUUGAAUCAUUUGAGAUUGGGGUUUUCAUUGAUCAAUCUGUCGGUAACCGAGUUACUAGUCAAUAGAUGGGGAAUUGUAAUCCUCGAGCGUUAUAUGCCUUCGCUUUCGUGGCUACCUUGGUAGCGGAGGCUUGUUUUUUGAGCGUACUAGUUUUCGAGACCAAUCUUGGGAAAAAGAACUCGAGCCAUUCCUGUUGGACAAACUUCGAUUCAGGCUCUCCAGGAGAUGAAGUUCGCUGUCCUUAUUUUGUACUGUUCCUUGCUACGAUUGUGAAUGGUCUGCUGCUGUUGUAUAAAGGUUUAUUGUUGUUAGCUUGGCUCACUGGUAGCUCCGGAGAAUGUACAUUGAAGCGCGUCCCAUUUUGUCGACUGGUCAUUCAUUAUGGGUCAUUCUUCAUCAAUCUCCUCACAGCAGUUUUAAUGGCGACACUCAUAGGGGUGCUCAUCGGUUUCAAGUCGAACACGAGAGAUGUUGGUGAAAUUUUUUCCCGUGAAAAUCGUGUGUAUUUUGUGAUGAUCUGUGCCGGGUUCAUUUUGGUGGUUAUUGCUACGGUAACAAGUGGGCUGUUGUCUUGCAGACAGCGUUCACGACGUUUUGACGAUUUUGAAAGAUUUGAAGAUUUGAGCUAUUCAGAUCACAGCUCGGGACACUUCGCGGACAUAAACUAACAGCUGCUGCGACAUAUCGAUGGACGACAAUAAUAUUUGUACAUGCUUAGGCAUUCGUUUUGUUGUAUUCCAAACUCUAGUCAACAAGAAAGGUUUCCCGUUAAACCCCACUGAGGUCUGUAAAGUUGAAACUGACAAGCAGUAAAAACAAUGACAUCUAGGGAAAAUGAAAUGCUGGCAAAGCCAUGCCAUGACGUUGGAUUAAAACUGCAAAAGCAAAGACACCCAAUCAAUAGUGAAAUUCUUACAGUAAUGGGACAUCAUUCUCCAAAUGUGAGACAAAGAGAUUUGGAACAGACCCUUCCACGUUUUUUUCAAGUUUUGGUUAAGACCGACCUUACGAGCAGAGGCCACAUUUUCACUAUUGAGCUGUCGUACAAAAAGUAGCCUCUGCCGACAACUGUUCAAAUCCGUCCAGAAAUCUGGAGGAAUAAGUUUAAAAAAUGGGUUUUUUACUGUUCUUGACCAGUUUAGAGCUUUGCGUGAGUCUUGCAUGAGUCUUAGGUAGCAGAUCAGAGUUGUUGCAAAUUUUUGAUUCUUGCAAAACUUGUGCCAUUUGACGACAGGUCUAAUGAUCAGUUUUGCUUGCGAAUCGGAUGAUGAAUUUCCCGCAUGCACGAUAGAAAAUUGAACAGUUGUCGGCAGAGGCUACUUUUUGCACUCCAGCUCACACAGUGAAAAUGUAGCCUCUGCUUGCAGGGUAGUUAAGACCAGGCAGCAAAUAUCCAUUGGCACUGCUAGAAAGAGUGCCUUAAAAGUAGAAAACGUAUUAAGUUAUACUUAGUUUAAAGGUCAUACAUUAAAAGUGAGCAAAGUUAUUGCUCCGCAAGGUGGAAAGUUUACAGACAACUGUAUGGUGGGCACGGCUGUCAACCCCCCACAUCUUCAAAUAUUGAGAGUUGAUAGGGAAGGGAUGACAGAUGAUGUCAUAUCACAUGGCAUAAUUUUUAUGAGACCAUUUGUGCAAAAAAUACUCAUUGAUUCUGAUUGACAAAGCAGUUCAUAUAAAUUAAGCCACAUUAUUGCUUAAAUUACCAUGGCUUACUAGAUUUUAUGUAGCCUGUUCACAGACCGUCUAUUUUCUCUUUUAAGUCGGUCGAGCACGCGUGAUAAAAUAUAAACCGCGGGGGAAUUUAUUGACCGCCAGUGCAAGGGGGUAGUGGUGGGGGAAGAAGAAAAUAUACAGCGAACGCAGAGGUGAUAGUGAUAAGGCUUUGACAUGGGGGAGGGACUUAAUAAACCCUUUUUUCGCCAAAGAUGUCUACAGACAUUUUUUAUUUUCUUUCUCGCGCUCUGCACUCAUUUUCAUGACCUCGCUUUGCUUGCGUUCUCGAAAUGACUGACAAGAAAAAUAAAACGUCUGUGUACAGGCUAGAUUUUAUGAGGAAAUGUUCGAUGUUAACAGUAAAAUAGCUCACAGGCUAAGUUUUAAAAUUUCAGGAAAUGUUCGAUGUUAACAAGAAAAAGUAAAAUUUGGUGAUUGCUCAUACUCUGAUCUGGACAUGCAAAAAAACUGUAUUUAAAAUUUCACGGUUGAAAAGUUCGAGUCUAAAUGGCGAAAAGCAAAAGAAAAAUAAAGGAAGUAAACUUUGGUGAUUGUCCGGGAGAAAAGCAUACUCUGAUCUUUCUUUGAAAACAAGAGAUACAGUCCCCAAAACUGGAGAGUUGGCAACACCGGUGCCUAAAAUGUAGUUACUUUGUAGAGCUGUGUCUUUUAAGUUCUUUUUAACUGUGUUAGUUUUUCCAUCCCUUUCAGUUUUUCCAUCUCGAGGAGGAUAAAUAUACAAAAUGUUAAUUUGUUAAAGAUAGUUGACCUCGUUUUAAUGUCCAAAUAAGUCAAUAGUGUAGGGAAAGCUAUAUGUUUCUGAUACAAGACUGCAAAGCAGUGUUUAAGGUUUAUUGAGACUUAAAAAGCAAAGUUGAGGCUAAAUAAAAUUUAUGUGUGAUUGUUCUUUUAUAAGUAAUGAGUAGUGUUUACCCCUCAACCAAACCAACUAGAUUGGAGCUAUAAUACGUGCUGCAAUGCUAGGCUAUCCCCAGGGGGUGGAUAACUUAACAGAAAAUUGGGUUAGGGAUGUAACACUGAGCCCUUACCACCCACCUUGUAACAGACCAAGAAAUUCUAACUUAAUAGAUACAGGGGGCUUAUUUAAUUUAGCAAAGGAGAUGGUAUUAGUUCACCAUAAAGAACUAGAAUACAAAGUGGAAAAGCGCAAGUACAAGAAGGUGGAGGUCAUGCCACCAAAGAUCGAUAACAAAUCCAGAUGUCCAGUUAGGGCUGGUGCAUGAUAUACCAAGUGAAUAGCAAGACUCGAGUUACGUCACAAAUAACACAACAAUGAUCCCUAGCCCUUACACAAUAUCACAAUAAACUUCACACAACAGAACGAGAUAUAUGGUAUAUCGCGCAUCACCCCCAGUUGGUGAAUAAACCAUCCAGGAUCAGUCCACACAAAGUUUUACAGUUGUGAUCGACUGAUGAAAACAGUGCAACAUUUAGCUUAUAUUUAUAUUAGUGAAGAAUGAUAAGGGGGAGGGAAUGGGGAGGCUUAAAAUAGAGGGGGGCUUAUUAACUUUCUUCCCCAGAAAAGGGGACCUUAUUAAAGGGGGGGGGGUGUAUUUGAGAUGGGGGGGCUUGAUAGAGGGGGGGCUUGAUAGAGGAUUUACGGUACAGACAUUCGACUGGAAUGCAUGCAAGUGAGAAUCUCUGGUAGUAUGCCCAGCAGAUCUGCUUGGUACUGAUACAGAUUUAUAAUUUAGACAAUAGGAAGUUUAAGUUUUAAACAUUUGAUGCAAAACAUUAAUCCCCUGUAAAUCUUGACCUUGUUUUCAUACCUGGGGCCUGGGUUAUCACUUUAUGUUUACUCAAAUCCGAAUGUAGAUUAGCUGAGAGGAAUGCUUUCAUCGGAAACGAGCAUUUCAUACCAGAUUUCUGGGUGGGUCUGUGGUCAUUUGAGGAAAAACCUCGGUUUAUAGCGAAAAGAACUGGCACAGGCUGUGAGGUGACAAAUGGGAUCUUUCACGUAGCAUACAUAACAUCUUGUUCGAGCGAAAUGGCGCCAUACAGCGCGCGGGCUGAUGGGAGUACUGUAUAAACCAAUCGGAAUAAAGCUGCAUACAUUCGCGCCAAAAUGGUUGCUUGUUGUUUCCGCCAUAGCCGAGGCUUUUGAGGUGUUUCUGUUGUGGUUUGGCUCGAAAUCUUGUAUUAAGAAGCCUUGAAAUAAUCUGUUUAUAUAGAGAAGGACUAUGUAUAUAAAACAGGUAAGGUUUUCUUCCGUAAAAUCGCUCCUUUGUAGGUGUUUUGAUGAUAGCAAACGCUUGGAAUGAAUUAUCGAGUUUCCCCUCCAUCGAAAAAUGACAGACUCGAUGUGUCACGCUUAGAUCAGAGAUGACACAAGCUAACUUGAGCACGAAUUCUUGAAGCUUAUGCUAUGUGUAUUUCUUUAUAUUUUAUUGGUGCAUAUGUCAUUUGUUUUUUCCUUCGUUUUUCCCCGAUUCUGGACAAUCUAAAUCUGAGGAAAAACGAAACGUGAUCGACUGGCGAAAUUCGGUGAUUCUGUAGAAACUGAGGUGAAAAAAGCCUCUCAGAGAAGAGUGCAAUUACAAUAUUCAUAUUUCUUAACAUCUGAGUUUCAAAAGGUUGAACUGUGAUCAAAAUGUUUGCGUCCUAGACUGAUAUAUGAUUGAUGGACUAUGUUUUCCAACUGGUAUCACUCUUUAUGAUAGCUCUGGACUGUGGAACUGUGGCUAAGGGGCUGUCGACAUAUUCACUUUUCCCCCGCUUAACAUCAACUGGACGUUUAUGGGGGGAGGGGGUAAGGCAGUGGACGUUAGUGCGGGGCAUUUUUGGACAAAAGCCAACUGAUGCAUUUUCAUAAAUUAUACGUCAUGUGUGGAACGGUGCUUGUGACGUAAUUAAAGAGAAAACGGGACCAAUUAAAGGAGUGAGUGUAAACUGUGAUCUUUUAAAUUCUGCCGAACAGGGUAAGUUGCUUUGACAUCUCCAAACAAAAAAACAAAAAGCACAUGCAGAGUAACGAAAGAGUAACGCAUACGUGAAGUAGAAAAUGGAAUGUCGCUGGCCAGUAGGUUUAGUAUGUUGUUUAAUAACAUGGCGGCCGACAUGGCGGUCUUGUACCAGCGAUUCUGGCUUUGACCUCUGAAUACUGUAGUGUAGUAGGGAAUCAAAAGCAUUGACAGGAAAAAGCAGUUAUCAGUGAUUUUUGGGGCAGCAAAAUGUCAAGUGGACGUUAAGGAGGGGGGGGGGUCUGACCUAAACAUCCAGUUGACGUUAAGCGGGGGAAAAGUGAAUAUGUCGACGGCCCCUAAUAGAUUUGCAUCUUAUUGUGAUUGGCUAGAUUGCAGAAUACCCAGCUUACUAAACAUCUAACUAAAAUAACUGCUGCCACAGUCCUGCAGUAGUCUAAGUUGCAUAAUAAAUUCUGAAAUCGAGUGCAGGAGUGAAGGAGCACUAGUAUACCUUGUUCUAUAAGCACACUAUUUACUUGAACUUGUCUUUCGGAUUGCUACAGGGGCUCUAGUUGUGUACCCACUUAAUAUUCACUUUUCAGGGAGUGCGGGAGCAGUUUUUCAAGUAAGAUAUUAAAUGGGCUGCGUAUUCCGCAAUGGCUCCUUGUGAUCUGUGAUUUAUCAUCUUGUUCUGAUAUCUCUCUAGGUUAUAAUUCAAGGCUUCAGGAGUUAUCGGGAUCAAACUAUUAUUGAACCGUUCAGCCCCAAGCAUAAUAUUAUUGGUAGGUUAAACCAAUAUGCUUACUUAUAUGUACUAUUGUUUCGCUGUUUGUACUCUUGGACUCUCUCUAAGUUGAGAUUGAGUAUGUUCAAGUGUUAUUCAUGUUGUUUAACCUUUUUUGUAUUAAAUAAAUUCAUGUUUAGUUGGCAGAAAUGGGUCUGGAAAGAGCAAUUUCUUCUUUGGUAAGUUGUAGCUUUCAAUUGACAAUUUUCCCUCAAUACAUUAUUUUGUUUUAUUGCAAACCUGUUGUUGUUAUAAUCUGCACUCUUUGACCAAAGCCUGAAACUCCUAACCCUCUAUAGUCAGCAUUAGAUAUAUUUUCCCAUCCCUUAUCCUUGUGCUGCAAGGUAGCAUAUUUUGCCUUUCUGUGAUGGAAAAGACCACAAAUUCAACAGACAUUUAUUCAGUGAACAAGUAACUCACAUGUCACAUGCAGUAGAACCUUGACGUAAUGAACCUCUAUAUAACAAAGUCCUUGGUAUAACAAACGAUCUUCUUUACCCCACUAAUUGUGAAAUAUAUGUAAAAAGAACCUCAGUAUAACAAAACCUUGUAAAAGCGAACAAAUUUUGUCUGUCCCUUGGCCCUUCAUUAUAUCAAAGUUUCACUGUACAUCUCAGAGUGAAUGAUGCAAGUGCACAUGUUUUUUCUCAGUAGGGCUGGUGCAUAGGUUAUACACCACAUCCUCUAAGACCUCUAUGAGUUUAGGUUGCAUAGUGGAACCCCGCCUUAUGGCCACCCCGGUAAUAUGGUCACCUUAACAUUACAGCCACUUUUUUUCGAGCCUCGUCAGUGGAGUCAUUUGUUAAUGCAGCAAUGACCACAUUUUAAAAUCCCAAGCAGUGGAAUCUUUUUUAACUUCACCCCGUUAAUAAGGCCACUUAUGCUUGUGACAUGUCAAAUUCAUUGACCUGGUAAGCUGAGCCUGAUUUUUUGAUGAUCUUGUAUUGUUUUUAGACUACAGUACACUUAAAAUGCAUUUGUGGCAGUUUAAUAGUGGAUUUUUAAAAGUGUUUUAUGUACUGAAGGAAAGUGUCAUGUAGUUUUUGUAGUCACUAGUACUGUUGUUCAAGAAGUGUGAAUGCGAUGUAUGAUGUAUUUGUUAUUUUGUCCCUCAAGUCAUGAAAUUUGACCCUACCUUGGUAAUAAGGCCACCCCACUAAUACAUCCAAAUUUUUUUGGACCCAUUGGUGACUGUACUAAGAAGGUUACACUGUAAAUGAUCAUCAUAGCAUUAGUGGAUACCUAAUGUGAGGAGUGAUGACUGCAGAUUAAGAUUGGGUGACCACAUCAUUUGCUCAAAGUGCAUUUACAUGUGAACAGGUUGUUUAUUUAUAUCCUGUUUCAUUUUUUCAGCAAUACAGUUUGUCCUUAGUGCUGAUGAAUUUAGUAAUCUGCGACAAGAAGAGCGACAAGCACUUCUCCAUGUAAGUCAUUUUAUGAGCUAUUGUAUUGGGAUGUCAAUCUUUACUUUUUCUGUUAUGGUAGCCCAGGAUCGAACUUGUUGCAUGUACAUACUUGGAAAAACUCUUUUGUUUCUUGCCUCUGUGAUGAAAAGAUAGAUAGUUCUCUCCAUUUUAUCUAAAAAUUAAUACAAUAUCUUCCCCACUCAAGAAAUGUUUUUCCUUUCAGGAGGGCACUGGGCCACGUGUGUUAUCUGCCUAUGUGGAACUCAUCUUUGAUAACACAGACAACAGGAUUCCAGUAAGUUUAUUCUUUUGCCCUGCCAUAUAGCUUCCCUAAUGGGGCUAAAUUGUAAUUUAGGCAAGUUUAACUUUGAGACGACACUAGCCGGUCAGUGUUUGAGUCCCAGGCAGGUAGGCUUGUGUGGGGUGGCUACUGGGUCUGCAGGGGCUUACAUGUGAUUGCAUAUCUCAGCUCUGCUUUGCUUUGCUAUUCAUGAUCUGUGAUAUCUACUGGUUUUUGCUCCCACUCCUCCCCCUGGAUAGGUAAGUAUGGUUUGUGGUAAGUAUUCCACUGAACUCUUCCAGUGUGAUGGUGCCGUGUGGUUAGCACUCACUUGGUUGUCAUGGUUACUUCCAAGGCAAUGCUCCUCUUUUGUACUAUAUAUGGGCCCUUCCACCUUUAAGGCACCCGCUCCCAAGCUCAUCUUGUCCAUGACUUUAAGCUACAGUAAAACCUCAUGCAAUUACCCAAUCCCCGCAAAUGAAAAAAUUCUUAGUUUAUUUCUUCAGGCCUGCAAAUAAUUUUUCCUUCCAGAAUUGGCACAUUGGCAUAUGUCUGACUUGGCCAACAUUUUAGUUGGACAAAUCAGAAAAGUUGUUGGACAUAUAUUUUGUUGACUUCAACAUUUGUACACAUUUUUUUAUCACUACUUUCAGUACUAUCUUCAGCCACAAAAAUUAAUGUUAGGCUUUGGUGUUACUGUACUUUUAGCUAAUUACAGGAUAGAGUCACAAUUGAACACUACUGCAUGACUUGGUCAGAUUGAAGUGGGUUAUCUCAAUUUUGUUCUGUGGUAUAAUAAACCUCUUCAGAACUGCAAUUAUUGUUUUGGUAAAAGGAACUACAAAACAUGGGCUACCUGUUGCUUUCACUUUUGCCUUAUCUCGGGGUACAAAUUUGUGAACCUGUAUAUUUAUAACUUAUUUACAUGUACACUCUUUCUAGAUUGAGAAAGAUGAGGUAUCCCUACGACGUGUCAUUGGAUCCAAAAAAGACCAGUAUUUUCUGGAUAAAAAGAAUGUAACAAAAAGUGAUGUAAUGAACCUGUUGGAAAGUGCUGGAUUUUCUCGCAGCAAUCCUUAUUACAUUGUCAAGCAAGGAAGGGUAAGUUGGACGGGACAAGGGUUUUCCAUAUUUGCAGAUUUUUUGGGGAGAUGAACUGCCCAUUUGAGUAGGGUUCUGCUACCCAAGUUGCAGGGUUUGUGUUGGCGUUUCAGCUGUCACCUUUGAAUGGAAACUAUGCUGUGCAUGACGAGAUGUAGGUCCUGUAGGUUUUUUUUCUACACCAACAGGGUAUGUGGAGGGAUAUUAGCACCCUUUAGAUACAACAAAAUUAUUUUCCUUUAAACAUUCUUGAGAUUGUGUGAUCUUAUUAAUACAUUAAUGUGUGCAAAAACAGUCAUACACAUUAAACAGGAAAAGUUUCCAUUUUAAUUGACCUAGUUAUUUCAAAACUAUUUUUCAGAUUAAUCAACUUGCUGUUGCUAAAAACCAUGAGAGACUGAAGUUGUUACGAGAGGUUGCUGGCACAAGAGUGUAUGACGAAAGAAAGGAAGAAAGCAAGAGUAUACUUAAAGACACAGGUUAUUCACCUUGUACUUACGACAUAAAUCAAACAAUAAUGAAAUUAAUACAUGUGUACAUGUACAUGUGCUCUUUAGGUAGCUUCUGUUGAUGGAUUAUUUUUCAUUUGCAUUUGCAGAAACUAAAAAAGAAAAGAUAGAUGAGUUACUCAAUGAUAUUGAAAAGCGACUGGAAACACUUGAUGAAGAAAAAGAAGAACUAAAAGCAUAUCAAAAGUGGGACAAGGAGCGAAGGUAACAAUGACACAAAAUUCUGAGAUUAACUGUGUGAUAAGCUGAGGAAACAAAUUUCCAUUUGGGAACAGUUUAACUCGGGAAUAUCUUUCAUUUUCAUUUGUAUUUCUCAUCAGUCAUGUGUGUUGAAUUGGCCACUGUUCUGUAUAAUAUUAAAUUAUGCAUUUCUGUGCUAUUUUUUUAGGUGCCUUGAGUAUACUAUCCAUGACAAAGAAAUGAGGGACACAAGAGAAAAACUUGAUUUAGUAAGUUAGCAAUUCAGUUUAUACUGUAUACAAUUACAGCUGUAUGUAGCUUUGUUCUUACCAGGAUUUUGAGCUUGUGCAUUCCGUGCUGAAAGAUCUGGGCCCUGCAAAACUUUUAUGAAACUUAAACAUGUACCCUUUCUGUUUUAUUCCAUGGCGUAGUUAUGAAAACCACAGGUAACAAAUGAGAGCAAGGUCCCUUUUCCAAAGGGAAUGUUCUGUGGAGAUGGCAAUCAAGACAUAAAUACGCUGCUAUGCCUUUUAAUGUCUAGUGAGGGUAAAAGUCUAUAGUUUUCAACACUUCAAAACAAUAGACUGUUUUUAGUCAUUUGAAUUUAUUUUUGUUACAAAAUGGUUUGGCUUGUAGCCCUCUUGUCCGCUAUGAGGGGUACAAUGUUCAUGUAUAUGUUGUGGUUCAGUUUUAUGCUUGGUUUAAAUUUUAUGUUUGUUUGUUUUUUGGUGUGGUAAUGUAUAGUAAUGAUUUAUAAACAAAUGAAAAUGAAAUUUAAACCAAGGAUAAAACUAAACCACAACAUAUAAUCUUAUAUCCCCUCAGCUUUUAUUGAUAGUGUUUAUUUUUUUUUGUGAGAAAAUCCUUCAAGGUCCUCAUUAGCUUGAAGAGAAAAAGUAAUGAUGUAGCACUGUCUUACCAUUUUUUUCACUUUCAUAGUAGUAUUUAAAUAUGAUUUUACUUAAAUAACUAUCAUUGUUUUAGUUGGAAAAUUCUAGACAACAAGAGACAGAUAAAGCCGGCCUGCUUCAAAAAGAAAUUAAGGAAGCCAGUAAUAAAGUUCAGGUUAGCUGAAUGUAAUAUUAUUAUUAUAACUAGUAAUAACCAAAGGUUACGGAGUGCGAGUGACAGCGAUCAAAGGUCAAAAUGCUUUUGCUCCAUCGCUGUCUUUUGUGUAAGUUUCACGUGACAGAUAGUUGACACACGUGAUCAGAUUACGAGUGAUAGAAGGUCCAAACGUGCCUGAUCAAAUUGUGUUCUGUGCAUUCCAUUCUUUCUUAGUGAAGUCCAAAUGAAUGCUGGCUACAUUCAUGCGACGAACGCGUAAUAACAACCUGGAGAUUAGGAUUGUGGGCUCCUCCUGUCGCCACAACUAUUUAAUUGCAUUGUAAGAUGAUGCAGAUAAUUCCUUGGUUCUUGAAACAAUCUUUCAAGUGGUUUUCUACAUAUAAACAGUCCAUAGGAUAUUGUGACUCUGUAUUUGGGGUAGCCAUUUUAUGCCUAGUCUACUUUCAAUUUUCUCAAGAAUCCUGAAAGUUACCGGUGUCUAAUUUUGUAGAAAGAAAUAAAGUCCUUGGAAAAUCGGAUUUCUGGUGUUAAUGUGAAUAGUACAUAAUGUAUAUUUUUGCAGCACAAGAGCAGAUGGGUCUGGGGCAGUUUCAGGUGAAGUGUAGCGCAGAUAGAUUGGUGUUUUAGGUUGUUAACUUUUUGCUAUACACUGUAGUUUCUUUUUGGCCAACAUCAACCUUAUGGUCCUUUGAUUCAUGUUGUAUUGCUUAGUGGAGCCGGAGUCCAUAGUAUAAGGCCGUGUUGGUAUGGUAUCAUUAAGGUUCAUUGCCAUCAUGUUUUAUGUUUUAGUAGCAAUGACCUAUUUUAUUUCUUAAAAAAGCUGAAAUAUGUUUAGCAUUUUCUAUAAAUUUUGUUCUUGUUUCACAUGCAGGCUUUCUCUCAUAGCCUACGAGAAGUACUGGAUCGCUUAAAUGAUGCCAACUCAGAGAAGAAAUCAAUAGAUGAGGAAUGCCAGAAACAAAUUACCGAAAAAACAAAAUUGGAACUAGCUGUUAAGGACCUGGACAGGACAGUUAAAGAUGACAGGACUCUAAAGGUGAUCAGUUGGGGUUCUACAGGUUCUUACGCUGUCUUUUUCCUGACACAACAAAUACGGUCAAACUUCAAUGUGUGAUCCCCUCACAUAAGCCACCACUGAUCCAAAAAACCAUAAUUUUCUCAGUCAAAUCACUACAGUUGGAACCUCUCGUAAAUGGCCACCUCUUGUAAGCAACCGAGACCACUUUUUUGUGUCAUGGUUUUAGAAUGAAUUUCCUUUGUUUGUAUCCUCUUGCAAGCAGUACAUGUUUUGAUCUCUACAUGUAUGUUUGUCGAAUGUCUUACCCUACUCAGAAUAUGUAUGUGAAGAACAGUUAUUCACAUAUGUACUCUGAGUAGUGUUAACAUAAUAGUGUUAACAACAUGAAGUUACACGUAUCGUAGAGCCUCCAGUAGCUCAGUGGUUAGAGCAUCCAAACUAGAACUCAAAGGGUCCGUUGUGAGUUCGAUUCUCACCUGGAGCUCUGAAUUUUUUCUGAGCUUUCUGGUAUAUUAAUUCUUGUUCUUCCAAAUUAUAUUUUGACUAAGAAACUCCAUGCUCUGGAUUCUCUUCAAAUAUUUAGAUUUGUUCAAACCUCUUCACAGAAGAGACUCUCUGUGGAUCAAUUGUUAUGAAGCAAGAGUGUAGCGUCAUUGUGAGAUGGCGUGAUUUUAUCCCUUUUAGAUUUUGUUAUUAAUAGUUUCACUCGUCUGCCAGAGAGACAGAGAACUUGAUGACAGAUCGGAUUAAAAAUUAAAGCUUAUAGAUUCACAGGAGUCACGAUUUCGUGUAAUGUGUGAACGAGCCAUUGUACUUUGAGGAUUGAAGCUGUGAAAUAAACCCUGUUUUCACUUAAAACUGUAAUAUCGUGAAGAACGGCCCUUUGGCAUUCACGACACAAUUCUUGUAUGCCCCCACCUGCCGUAAGCAACCCUAAAGCUUCGCAUUUGGGGUGGUUACUGACCAAGGCCAAAUGCCUGAGUAGAACUGUAUGUAUAUUGUAAGGCAUUGUACAUCUUUUACCAAGCCCUGAAUUUUCUGUUUCUUUUUAACUCAGACUCAACACCGGGAUCAGCUUGCAACUUUAGAACAGGCAAUUCAAACUAAAGAAGAAGAACUGGGUGAACUGCUUCCUAACUAUCAACGUAUGAAGACAGAGGAAAAUGAAUGUUCUUCAAGGUACGUUUGCAUUUUUUAUGAAAACUUAUUCUAUUCUCUAUCGAUACGCUCAGCCGAAUAGAAAAUACUUCCAUCAUAAGUAUGAAGAGAAAAAAACAACACAAUGAUAUUACAUUAUGUAAAUGGAGGGAGCCACCAAUUAUUGAGUUUAUCAUACCAGUGAUAGUUACACCAAAAACAAGGAAUAUAUGCAAAGAAUACAGUUACAGAGCACAAAGAAAGGCUAGACAAUAUAAGACAAGAUAUGCAUGACUGUGACAUGAAAAAACACCUAAUUAAUUUUUAUGUUUUAACCCAUUCGCCCCUGAACCACCCGUAACCGCCUGUGCGGAUCCAGGUCCUUUCUACCCAUUGUGACGUCAUCAGUUUUAAUGGUCAACGACAACUUUCUUCGCUAACUUGUGCAGAGUGAAGAGAUCUUUCAAACCAUAUCAGAAUGAGCACAAUUCAGUCAAGGACACUGGAGAAACAAGCAAAAAACCACGUGACAUUGACCUGAAAAUCUCCAUGAAAAUCUUGUUCCAUUACCCACCUACCUUUCCUUUCACCUAAUCCUAAGAUCCUAAAAGCUUUCCUAAAAACUCUUCCCACCAAAAUGAAGCCUACUAAAUGCCCAGCAGGAGAAAAAAAAACGAGGUAAGAAAAGCGAAAAAAGAAGGGAGGAGAGAAAGCGAAAAGUAAAAGUCAAGACUGCUGUGUCACUUUUAAACCCAAAAACUAUCUCGAAAUUUUGCUUUCUGCGCAUGCCCGAACUUCGCAAGCUGAUAUUUUGCAUCUGGAUCAGAAGGCCGCGAAGUGUUUGACCUGUAAACCAGUUUGUGGUAAGUUUUAGCUCUUUAUAGCACGACAGUGACCAGAAAACCACUCGACUAGCUUCAAAACGCGUUUUUCGGCAAAAUCUCCAGGAGCGAAUGGGUUAAAAGUCAUGACUAAAUUUUGUUUCUCUGAAUUUGGAUAUGGUUUUUAGAAAUUCUAUUCCAGGAGAGUUGUGGGCUACAUUUGACAAAGUACAUGUGAGUUGGAAUAAUAUUAUUGUUAUGAAGAUGAAAAAAAACACACACACACACACACACACACACACACACACGCAAAUUCACUUUUGCAAGCAACAUUUUCGCUGUCCUCGGAUUUUGAGGUUCCUAGUAUUUUGUUCAUGACUGCAUACAUAUACAUGUAAAUAACAGCAAACAUCGCUAACAAUGAUUUACUGUAAAGCACACUGGAUUUUGCAUAGUGUUAUGUAUGGUCAUCUGACUGUCAUAAUGUAGAAAGAUUUUCGCCUGAAAAUUGUUAGGAUGCAAGUAUGUGAGACGAGACGAACAGAGUUGUAUGCAAAACAAGGUCGUAGAAAUCAGUUUACCUCAGCGGAGGAAAGGGAUAGAUGGAUUACUGAGGUAAGCUGCAAAUGAUAAGGCCAUAGUGGAAAACUUACCAGAAAUUGCCUUGAUAUAUAAACCUUUUUCUUUAUGAAUCUUGAAAGUUAAAUGCUGAGUAAGCUUGCAUUAGAAAAAUUACUUUAUUGAUCAAACUGAAACAGCCCAUCCAUGAAAUCUACCACUGGGGACAAAAUUGACAUGUUGUAUUUCACAUAUUAUCUAUGUGCCUCUCCAGGCUUUGCUUUCUGUUUUUGCAAAUUUCUUUUUGCUAGUUUUAGCUUUUCGCUGGUUUUUGUGUAUUCCAGUCCAGGACAUGCCAGUGCCACUGUGAACAUAAACUGAUGGGGUACCUAAGCUCUUUAAAAGCGAUUGCUGAUUCUCCUUCCAAACUGCUUUGUAUUUGGUUGAGAAGAAAAAAAAGAAUUUGACAUGAGAUCACAAUUCACCUUGAGCCAUGUAACUCAACUGCCUACACUUGUCUCAUGUUACUCAAACAAGGUCCUCGAUGUUCUGAGCUAUAGCCCUUAAGCUUGGUUUUUUGUGUAAGAUUUCUUUUGGCAUGCAGAAAAGUUUUAUUAAUUCUUUUUCCAGGAAAAAAAUGCCCUGUCGGUGUCUAUAGCAAACAAGGAAUCACAGGUAUGUGGUAACACUAGAAUUCUUAUUUUUUUAUUAAGCCGACAGUGUAUUUUUAACAGUGAAACCAGUUUUUAGUGUGUGCCUACAGGAUCAUUGCUAAAGGUGCAUGAUUAAUGCAGAUUGAAUCAUUUUACAGAACAUGAAGGAAGAAAAAUUAAUGGAGUAUUUAUUGUGGCUUUUGUCUGCAUUAUACAACAGUUUGAUACAGGUUGCCGCUUACUUGUAGUUUUUUUGUAGAUUUCAUGCAUCUGUAAAAUGAUAGUCUUUGGUAUUUACUGUGUUGCAUUAUUGUUAGAUGCUGUCAGGUGCUAAGUAUUAACAUAGGCAUAUUUAACGUAACGUGCAUGAGCUAUUUCUCUAUCUAGACUAUUUUUUGUGGGAAAUUGGGUUAAUGAAACGCAAAACGCUUUGCACAUCUGAGUUGAUCCUUAUUCUUUAGAUUCUUUUUUCUAUGUCUUUCCUCCCGACAUCUGGUGCAAAUUAAACAAAUUGUUUAAGUACAAUGAAUAUCAACCCACCAAAUGUUGCUAAUAGGAAAGACUUGGGGUUUCUUUAGGGCUUCUUAAGAAGAAGUGGCUCAAUGAUUGCUAGAUAGCUAAGAAAUGUCACUAUUUUCUUCAUUGUUGUAGAUGGUUGCAUCAUCCCUAUUCACGAGGUUUUCUCUUGUGAUUCUAAUGAAACAGCCUUCAACUCUGACGACUUGAUUCUACAAGUUUUUUAAGGUUUAGAGGCUUGUUUAUAGUGGAAAGUGCACCUAACUUAUCCAGCUACUUUACAGGCACUCCACUAAAAUACCGUAAAAUUCUGAAAAUAAGCCUCAGGGCUUAUAUUUUUCAAAGGCCCUUUUUGAGGUGUUCAUUUUUGGAGGAGCUUACAUUCGGAGGGGCUUAUCUAUGGAGGGAAAUUUGUGAUUCAAAAUCGAUUGGGCUAGCCUUAUAGUUGGAAGUAAAAUUAAUUUACCGUUUUUGCUAUAUUUUACUUUGUAUUUGAGGGUAAUUUUCCAAGAACAAGCCCCCGGAGGGCUUAUAUUUGGAGGGGCAAUUUAAUGGAGGGUUUUUUGUGUUACGAGUUUGAGUUUUGCUUCAUUUGACAGCAAAUGAAUGUCUUUUCUCUGUAACAGGUUGCUGCAAUUCGAGUGGAAGUUGAAAGACUGAGGAGUUCAGUUCAAGAGCUCAGUGUUGAAAUACAGGUAUACAGUAGAUAUUUUUCUUUCCCACUUAAUAUUAUUAUGUUCUUAAUUAUUUUAAAGGUGUGAGCUGUAAACUAGUGUAUGGUGUUGAUGUGGCCAGCAACAAAGCAAUGUGUCUUUUCAUGUCUGCACAGGAAAGGUCAGAUGACAUGGACAGGAGAAAACAAGAUAUUGAAAAUGCUAACAGAAGGCUUGCUGAGUCUAAAAGGAGGCAAGAUAACGGAACAAACAGUAGGAGGUAAGUGCAACCAGCAAACAUUGGAUAUCAGAAACUAUAGAUAAUAAACAAACCAAAGUCAUCAUUGUAGUGGUACAUAUAAUUAUGUCUCCUAUUGCACUUGCACUUGUAGGAGUUCAGAUCUUCUGUAAGGUGGUUUCUUAUGGAGGUGUUAGAAAUGGAAAGUGUUAUAAGAUGACCCUUGGACUAGUUGUGGUGGGUUACCAUAUUAAUUAAUUAAUUCGAUUAACCGCCCUGGGCGCUUAUUAAAUUUUUGGACCUUGAGAGUGGGCACUUAUUCAAGGUGGGCGCUUAUUCAAGGCUGGGUGCUUAUUAAAUUUUCAACAUGUUCAGCAAGUGUAGUAUGUGUAUUUUGCAACAAAACAAUAAAUGGUAAUAACAAAACCCGAAGAUGUAGCAAUGCAAGGUUCCUGUAAUAUACUUUGAAGAAAACUCUGUUUGAGGGAAGUCUCUUAUUAGUACUUAUUAAAUUUUUUGGGGGUGGGGUGGGGGUGGUCGCUAAUUUGAGUUUGAGUGGGUGUGGGAGGAAGGUGGGGUGGGGUGGGCGCUUAUUAACUUUUUCUGCCUUUAGGAUGGGUGCUUAUUCGAGGUGGGCACUAAUUUGAGGUUGGGAGCUUAUUCGAAUAAAUACAGUACCUAAGCUAGUUGUUUACAAGGUUCCAUCCAUAGCACUUCUGUUGGUGUUUACUGGUAAUACGAGAUCACACAUGGAUGAUUAAUAGAGUUCUUUUUUAGUACAGUCUAUCAAACAGACAGCCCUGCCAUUCCUGUUUUGUUUUAUAUGUUGUGAUGUUUGUAGGUUAGGUUGCAAUGUCCCUGGACAUUGUACUAUGGGAAGCUAGGCUUGGUAGGGUUAAAAUUUUGAUAUAAAAUUUUAUUAUUAUUAAUCAUCUUAUUAUUGAUCAAAGAGAGUUGUGGAGAGAAGAAGCAGCUAUAGAGCAAAGCUUGCAGAACAUAAGAGAAGAGCUGAGUAAGACAGAGAGGAAUUUAAAAAGCACUGUUAGUAAAGUAAGUAUCUUGUCUUGAUGUUUGCUUAAUUGUCAACUAAAGGAGCAUUGAAAGGGUAGAAAAUAUUUUGUAUGAUAGUGACUCAUGCUGCAGUCCUCCGAUUGGGUCAGACUUUUUCAGGUCUAAAUUUAAUUUAAACCUGAAAAAGGCUGACGUCAAUCUGUGGUACUACCUUCACAGGGUUUGCACAUUCUUGGAAAUCCUUGAAUUUUUUGGGGAGUCCUUGAAAAGUCUUUGAAUUCCAUUUUUCCUUGAAAAGUCCUUGAAUUGUCUUCAGCUUUGAAUGUAGUGGCCUGCAAAGAGCUUUUUGAUGCUUUUUGGUUGUCCAAGACAGAAUAUAAAAUAAUAUUAUUAUAGCUCAGAGAAUUUAAAGGUUAUUUAUGUAAAGUGCUCUAUGUUUUAUGCAAUAAUUAACUAUCAAUUUAAGGCAAGUGAACUGAAAAUGAAGAGAAGUUGGUGAAGCAAACAGUUCAAGCCUUGAGACGGAAUCUGUCAGAAAAUUGAGUAAUUUAAUUUUCAGUGGACAAAAACCUCGUACCAGAAUAAUUUAAAGCAUAUUGCAUUCCUUUUUAUGCAUUUUUCAAGGGCUAUAGAUGUAAUAGUUAUCUGCAAUAACACCAAAGAAAAUUUCUGCUGGGAGUUCGAGAAAAUAAGUGUCAAAGUCAGGGUUGUCACUAAGAUUUCAAGUUGCCGGGUAAACACAACAAGUAGGCGGGAAUCAAACGGCUAAGGAUUUCAUUUGGUUCUAUUUUUCUUCUAUUUUCCAAUAAAAGUAGCCGGGGGCCACUCUCUUAGUAGCCGGGGAAAAUCCCAGGCCCCCGGCUCUUAAUGACAACCCUGAAAGUUCACAAAAUGACAUCUUACACGUGAAAUUUUCAGAAUUUUACCUGGGUUUUCACAAUUCUUGUGAACUUUGACAUUCAUUUUCUCGGGCCCCCAUCAGAAAUUGUCUUAAGUGUUAUUACAGAUGACUAAUUACAUCUUUUGUUCUUAAAAACUGUAAAAAAAAUAUUGUUUAAAUAAUAUUCUGGUAUUAGGUUUUUGUCCACUGAAAAUUGAAAUUACUAAAUUUCCUGGUGGAUUCUGUCUUAAAGUCUUAUUAGAAUAGAAAGUGGGUUAUGUGCAUUUUUGUACAAUCUGAGAAUAUUCCUGGUAGCUGGUACUUGAAAAUCUAAUGUGGUCCUUGAAAAGUCCUUGAAAAAAGGUUAAAAUUUUUUGUAUGAACCCUGCUUCAAUGUUCAUACACAAGAAAUGAUUAUAUUAAUUAAUUACUUAACAAAAUUUUCUUGUGUACAGUCUCACUGUCUGGCUUGCAGCAAUUAGGUUUUUGUUAGUUGCUGGCCAGUCUAAUGCUAACUAUGUAAAAAUGAAGUGUCAAUAAAGGUUAAUGGUUAAUUCACCAAAAUUAAUAGAUGUGUUUGAUUGUGCAGCAUGUCAGUAAUGGCAUAGACACAGUUAAGAGGAUUGUUCAUGACAAAGGCAUUGAUGGAGUUUAUGGCACGCUCAUCGAGAACUUUGAUUGUGAUAAACAAUUUUUUACGGCAGUUGAAGUCACAGCAGGAAACAAGUAAGAACCUGCCUCAAGUCCCUAGAGUCUUCAACAUCACUUUUCUCCUAACACCUUUCCAUACAUUAUCUAGAGAGUAGGUAUUAAAAUUUUUUGAAAUAGUCACCAAAGGGAUAAUGCUUUGAUACGAGUACUCUCAUCCAAUUCUUUGAGGAAAUGUAUGAAGAUCAGUCUGGAGUAUUGGGUAGGGUAAAGAGAUACAUACUGAAAAGUGAGUUCAAUAUUGUUUUUGAUUAAAGACCUCAUGUUACUCAAGAAAAUGCCUCCUUUUUCUUUUCUGAAAAGUACAGUCAGAAUUUUUUCAUUGGAGGAGGGGAGUGUGAUUUUUAGUUAGGCCAUUUAUUGAGUCAUGGUUGGUGCUUGAACAAAUCGGCCCAAAAUAUUACUGUUGUAAAUGUGAAUGUUUAACCUUAAUGUAUCACAUUCUCAUUCUUUGUCUUUGAAUGUUCUUAACGUGCUGUGUUGCUUGUUGUGGCACUGUCUCAAGCAAAAUGUGGUCCAAAGAAGGGCAGUGGGAAAGGCCUACGUCCAAUGACAGACAUUCAACGGCUGAAACUGAAUGCACCUUUAACGUUAAUCUGCAGGUUGUUUGACAUUUUAGUGGACUCAGAUAAAACUGCCGCUCAUAUUUUAUCCAUCAUGAAUAAACAUAAGUACCCAGGAGAAGUGUCAUUUAUGCCACUCAACAGACUACAGAGCAAAGCACAGCAAUACCCUACAACUUCUGUAAGUACAAUGUCAGUUAAACCCCAAUUUACAAACAGCUACUAUAGUGUAAAGAAUCACCGGGUGCAAAGAAAGUCAGUUUUACAGCUUGCCAUUCAGGCAAGCUGUAGCUAGAAUGUACUAGUCCAAGAGUCACUUAAACUAACCUGAAAUUUUUUUUAAUGAACAGGAUUGAUUACAGUUCUGUAAUAUGAAUUCCCCAAAAAACUUUACCUGCCCGACGGGCAAGUUGAGUACAGAAUUCACUAGCCCGUAGCAAAAUCCAUGCUGAGUGAUGAUGUCACAAAAUGUUAUUGAAAGUAUGAAAUCUGUUGGGACAUCAUUGAUGCAGGCAACAGACACUUUUUUUGUGUGUGUCCAAGCAACGUGUACUCCCACAGGAAAGAUAGCUUGCUAAUGAUGACAUUAUUUACUAUGCUAUUAGGUGUAAUAAACAUUAUUCACUGCCCUUUACCCUCAGUACAACGAUUAGUAUAUUACAAUCUGAAUUAACUAAAUAUGGUCACUGAUGUCUUAUUUUCAGGAUGCUAUUCCAAUGAUUGAUAAAUUGAGGUUUCACGAACAGUUCAGACCUGCUAUGGAGUUAGUAUUUGGUAAAACUCUUAUAUGCCGCAACCUAGAAGUUGCAUCCCAGUUUUCAAAAAGUGAGAAUCUGGACUGCAUUACUCUAGAAGGUAUGUUAAAGAAAGCAUGCAAUUUUUUCCCCAAAUUAAGUGAAAUACAUUUUAUUAUAUAAACACCAUGUGAAAAUAUCACCAUUGCUAUGGCUUCAUAAUAAACCGCAUCUUCCAGACCAAAAAACUAUUUAAGUAAAAUGGUUUGGCAUUUCAUUGUUGUUUAUAUAAUAAAUAGAACAUUACAUGGUCGCUUGGAGAUACGAAAUUUCUCUUCUUGUGUUGAAAAAAAUAUUUCACUACUUGUUCUCUGCACUUACUUGUGAAAUAUUUUUCAACACUCGAAGAUAAAUUUCGUAUCUCCGCGCGACCAUGUAAUAUCCUCUAUUUAUUGAAUACAUUGGGCAAGUAAGGUAAGUCAACAUUCAGGGUCCUCUUUGGAGACAUAGGUGCCUUAUCACUCCAACUGCGAUGGUAAUGGUAUACAGGUUGUCAUAGUGCUGGAUAUACUUUUCAGAAAGCCUGUGAAUAGCAUAGCUUAUAAGCCCACAGGCUCCAGCCGUUUUACAAUAUGAAUAGUGCUAUGCAAUUUAUUCAGUGGAUGAUCCAAUAGACCAUUUUAUAGUUGUGUGCUUAGUAUCUUUUGUCUGUGUGCAGACGUCUCCUAUUUCCUUUGUUGCACGCAGGAAAGGAACGCGUGCAUCAAAGGAAAUAGGAGACGUCUGCACGCAGGCAAAGUAUCUGAGCCUUUGAGUGAACUUGAGGCUAAGGUUGACGUUGUGCAUUUUGGUACAAACCUCCUUCCUCUUCUUACGGAAAAUAAAUUAUGCUUAAAAAUAACAGUUGGCAUAAGAAGAACAUGAUUUACAUAAUAAAGCUGGAGGUCAACUUUUUAGGGUUUGUAGAGGCCCUGAAAAGUCCUUGAAUUUUAGACAGAAGCCCUUGAAUAUUUUUGAAAGCUCCUUGAAUUAAAACAACCUUUGUUAAAAAAGGGAGUUUUGUGCAAAGGAAAGAUUGAAAGCACAGCAGGAUGUAAAUUUUCUUGGUGACCAUGAAAGUGUGUUUUCUCAUGAUUUCAAUGUUCCUGCAUAGUUCAUUUUUCAUUAUUUCAAGUAAUAAUAAUAAUUUACCAAUUUAUAUAGCGCGUAUUUACAUGUGCUGAUCAAUAGCGCUUUACAAUCAUAUCUUUAAAAGAAAACGAAAAUACAUUACCGUGAGAAUAAAAUAAACUAAGUUACAAACUAUAAAAAUACUUCUUAAAAAGAUAGGUUUUAAGUCGAGAUUUAAAACUGUUAAGUGAUGUUGCCUGACGAAGCUCCACAGGUAGCUCAUUCCAGAGUUUCGGAGCUGCUGCUGAGAAUGAUCUUGCUCCCAAUGUUGUAAGCAUCUUUCCCUUGGGAUGGUCCAAUAAGAGCUUACCAGUAGACCUAAGAUUAUAUAAUGAAUUCGAUUUUAUACUAAUAAGAUCGCUAAGAUAAGUUGGCGCUAGGCCAUAAAUACAUUUGAAAGUCAAAAGUAAAAUCUUAUAGUCAAUACGCAAAGAAACCGGCAGCCAGUGCAGCUCAUAAAGCGCCGGUGUAAUGUGAGAAAACUUUCCAAUGCCAAGAAUAAGUCUUGUUGCUGCAUUUUGUACACGCUGUAAUUUAGCGAUCUGCACAUUUGGUAAGCCAAACAAUAAACCAUUACAAUAGUCAAGACGGCUGGUUAUAAAAGCAUGAACCAAAGUAAUUAAAGAAUCUCUCGACAGGUAUUUCUUAAUACGUCUCAAGUUAUGUAAAUGAUAAAAUGCGGCAUUACAAGCCUUGUUUAUAUGAUCAGUCAUGCUUAAGUUGCUGUCAAACCACGAUCCAAGGUUUCUAACACAUGGGCUUGGACUGAUACGAUUAUUGCCCACAGUUAUGGAACACGAAUCUAAUUUAUCAAGCUGUUGUCGUGUGCCGACUAACAAAAAUCGUUUUAUCAUCAUUGAUCAUCAACCGAUCUUGAAUCAUCCAUUUCCUCACCGCGUCAAUGCACUUUUCCAUAGCUUGUAUAGCAUCAGCUUGAGCAGUGUUGCCGAGUGGUUUAAAACUCAGAUGCAGCUGCGUAUCAUCAGCGAAACAGUGAGCAUCAGGAAGAUAAUGUUCCACGAUCUUAAACAGCUUGGACGCAUAUAUUAUGAAUAGCAAAGGCCCUAAACAUGAGCCUUGGGGUACCCCGCAGUUCAAGUCCAAAGGACGAGAAAGAACUCCAUGUACAGAAACGCGCUGACUUCUAUCAGACAAGUACGAUCUAAACCAAUUCAGAGCAGUCCCACGUAUGCCAACCUCGUCAGAUAGCCUCUCUAAAAGUAUUCGAUGAUCAACAGUGUCAAAGGCAGCACUGAGAUCCAAUAAAAUUAACAUAGUGACAUGUUGAGAGUUCAUCUUUAACAAAAUAUCGUUCAUCACCUUGAUAAGUGCAGUUUCAGUGCUAUGGAAUUGCCUGUAAGAAGAUUGAAGCGCAGGAAAAAUAGCAUUUGAAACCAUGUGAUCGUAAACUUGAUUAAAAACGACUUUUUCAGUCAACUUGGAUACGUAUUGUAAGUUACUAACUGGUCUCUAAUUUUUGUACAGCAAAUCCAAUCCAGGUUUCUUCAAGAUAGGAUUAAUAAGCCCACAUUUCCAAUCAUCCGCAAAUUCUCCAGAAUUAAGAGACAGGUUGAUCAUUUUAGUAAUGACUGGUAAUAGCACAUCAGCACAGCUGAUUACCAUAGAUGUUGUACACUAGUACAAGUACACUAGGAACCGUACCUUCCUGGGGGAAGGUAUUGCAAUAAGCCAACCCCCCUCUAGCUACGAAUUUAAAAGGUCUUUACUUAUGGCAUUAAAUACUCUUUAAUGGGCUUUUGGUUUCCCUGUCAUGCAUCUACUGAACAGUGAUUUAUCUUGUUGAUAGCCUUACAUUCAACUUUUGAAUAUUUGAGUUCCAUAUGAUGUAUAUUGUUUCGCCAUUUACGUCAAACUUUCCUUGCAUUAUAGUUGUAAAGUAAUUGGUAUAACAAUUCAUAUUACAGUAAAUUGUGUGAUUGUCUGUUACAGGUGAUCAGGUAAGCCGCAGGGGUACGCUUACUGGUGGUUUCUUUGGAAACAGAAAGUCACGUCUAGAACUGCAGGAUAAUAUCAUUAAGUUGAACCAAAAGAUAGAAGAAGAAGAAGAGCGCAGAAAUCAACUAAAGGCUGAAGCUGAGAGUAUCCUUUGAAACUGUCAACUGUGGCAUUUAUAACACCAUUUCAGUAAGGGAACUCACUAAAAUGGUUUAUACUAUGCUGCACGCAGUCUCUUAGAUGUGGCCCUUUUCAUCUCUUGUGCAUAUUUUCAAACUGAUCUAAGAAGAAAAGAGGGGCUUCCAGAUUAGAGCUAAUAAAGUAAUGCAUAACUGUUCCUGUUAUUCAAACUGCAGCCUUCUACAAAGAUUUUGCCUUAUUACCGGUAUACAACCACCAGUGAAAUGCCGAUGAGCUUCCGUGUAAAAACAUGAUACCUUCUCACGUAAAAAUAACAUGUUAUCUUCACUUGUGAAAUGAUCAUCGUUUACGUGGCUACAUGAGAAAUCACACCGUUAGCAGCCAAAAAAAAUAUUAAAGUGAAAUGUCUUGGUAUUUCAUUGGUGUUUGUACACCAGUAAUAAUAUAACAUUACAUGGCUUCUUGAAGAUGCGAAAUUUCUUUUCUCAUGUUAAAAAAUAUUUCACUUGUUCGAAUUUUUUUCAACACUAGAAGAGAAGUUUUGUAUCUCUGCGUUGCCAUGUGAUCCUUUUUUUAUUGAGGUGUCAAUGUAUUAGCUCAAAUUACAUAUUGAAAACUUCAUCUCCACAUAUCUUUUCUGAGAUUGUACUGCCAUUUCUAUGUGUUCAUCGGUGUUGCAUAAAGUCUUUCUAGCCAUUUGCAAGCCAAAAACCAUUUCUUCUUCCUAUUGAGUAAUGUGAACCUAUAAAGCAUUAAGAAGCUUCGUCAAACUUUUAGUGUCAGUGCUUUAUAUUUUUUGUCGAUUAUUAGAGACCUUUAGGUUCCAAGUCGAGAACGACUACGAGUACGAGAUUUGACUUAAAUUUUUUCACGUACAGGUACUUUCAAAAAGUCGACACCCCGGAAAGCUAAAAUUGUACUUUUUCACCAGAAAAAUUAGCACUGUUAUCGUUAUUUUCCGAACGCAAUAUGCUAAAACUUCUAACUUUUGAUAUCUUGUUUCCGCCACCACGACAUUCUCGAUAAAACUCGCAGUAAAAUGACGACGGCUAUUACGUCUUCCCGCCAAAAUAGGGACUUAAAGACCCAAUGACCCGACGACAACGAGAACGUCGCUAGAAAAGUGAAUUUCCGAUCUUUCAGUCUUAAUCGCAAUUAUUCCUACCCACUUACUUUGUUAAAUGUAGGUGAACCCUCGCGGAGUUGAAUUCCUAAGGACCAUAUCCAAGUUCAGAAAGAGAAAUAAAAUUUGGUCGUUGCUUGUUUACGUCCUCCAUAAAGCACGAAAUUAGGCAUUUUCACGUCGUAGUGGUUGAAAACCGGGCAUAGAAAUGUACAAACAAGCGUGAUGCACGUGCAAACUUGUUGUUUUGCUUAUGAAGCCUUUUGUUUUUUUGACGUUCUCGUUGCCGUCCGCGUCGUGGGAUCUUAAAGUCCCUAAUGACGCUGGUUCACCCGUUCGAGCACUAUUUUGUAUUGAGAAAAUCUAGUACUCAUAUUCGUACUGGUCUUAGAAUCUAAAGGUCUCUAUCAACAAACAGGCACCACGUUUACAUGGUCUAUAGUGCUAGAGCUAUAGGGAUGAUGUUAAAGUGUUCAAAACUGAAGUAGAACCACUAACCGCAGGCUGGUAGUUUCACUGCAAAGUUUUGAACACUUUGACGUUAUUUCUGUAGUCUUUAAGAGUAUAGACCAUAGAAAUUUAAUGUAAGUACAUUUUUACAAUAACAUUGACAGUUUUCAGCAUCCUUUUCAGGUGUUGUUCCAUGAAAAAUCGUGUGCUAGUGACAGAAAAAAAUUGCACAAUCUUUCCAUCAUUUUCACGGUCUAUGCUUUUAUAGACCAAUCAACAUGCAAGAAAUUGCUUAGCUCAAACAAGAUCGCACAAUAUGUACACCUAAUUGCAGUAACGUUGUCCUAAAAAAUGAAAAAAGGAAAAAGCCAAAUAGGAAUUAAUGAGGAUAAUCAAACCACAUUCUCAGGGUGGAUUCAUUUGCAGCCGUUGCAUUUCCCCGCUGGAAAGUUUUUUUUUAUUGGUUUUAGUUUAAAAACAAUAGCAAAUUCCAACAGGGAAAUAUGACGUCUAUGUGCGGAUGCUGCAAAUGAAUUCAUAAGGCUCAUUAGCCUAAUUAAUUCCUAUUUGGCUUUUUCCUUUUUCAUUUUUUCCACGACAACGUUUUUGCAAUUAGGUGUAUCUAUCAAAUGAAUUGUUAUGCCCAAGUGUCCUUAACUAUCAUGCAGAAAUUGAUUCUGAUGUAACAACUGCAUUUGGAGAGGUUCAGAAGGUGGAAACACAAAAACAGCGUUUGGAGUGAGUCAUGAUUUCUAUAAAAAUUGCAAUUUGUUUGCUCACGGAGCACUUAGGAAAUGUGUCCGUGCGUUCCAAAUCGAAUUGGAAUUUGGAAGUAUUGGUUUUCAAGGAGAGGGGAAAACCGGAGUACCCGGAGAAAAACCUCUCAGAGUAAGGGAUAGAACCAACAAGGAACUCAACCCACAUAUGGCGUCGACGCGAGGAUUUGAACUCGGGGCACAUUGGUGGGAGGCGAGAGCUCUUUGUAACCUAACUUUGCUGAUACCAGGCCUUUUUUUUGCCUAUCAUUAACUUUUACACUUAGAAUGAGAACAUGCAAUACGGUCAACCUCCAUCUGUGACCACCUCUCACGAUCAAUCAUCUGUCUAAAACACCAAAAUAUUCCCAUUCUUAGCCAAAGAGCCUCUGGUAAAUGUCCAUUUAUUGCAACACUUUUCUGUACAAAAUUUGAGUAAAAUUAAAGAAAUCUGUUGGCCGUCUGUCCGUAGACGCCGAUCAACCAACAAUGAACCGACGAGUGGCUAAAAGUCCAUUGACAAUUUUAGCCUGCGUAGCAGGCGCUUGGAAGUAGUGGGCGAAAGAGAGAACGGGCGCGCGCGAGGGAGACACGCGUUUUUUUUUUGUGCCCACUACUUCCAAGCGCCUGCUACGCAGGCAAUUUUGCCAAUUAAAAUGAAAAAGGGUUGGCCGACAGAUGGUAAAUGUAAAAUUUGUAGUCAGGGUUGUUGACUAGAGAGUGCAGAAUUUAGGUUUUAAGUUUUCAGCUCUGUUAGAUGUUAAUGUAAUUCUUGAGCAAAACAUGUACCAUGAUUUGAUAAACGACAAGUAACUUUUCAGGCAAACUUAUGAAAAACAAAAAAUAGAUGUAAAAGCCAAGAUCCAAGAGAAGAAAACUGCCGAACGAACCUUGGAGUCAAAGGUAAAAUUUCUUUCAGAGGUUUAGAUAAAAGACCUAUUCUGCUAACUCAAUGUUGUACCCAAUUCAAACCUUUUGAUAAUAAAACGUUUUGUUUCAGGAAUUUCUAUAUCAUUUAAAUGUGAAUGCCACAUUAUAAUGCAAAUACAAUACACAAAGAAAUACACAACAUUGAGUUAGCCUAAUAGGUCUAUCGUUGAAAGGAAACGUUAAAGAAAUAAUUCUCCGCCCUUUUCUCCCUUUUUUGUGUAGUAAUUUAGUUAAUCCAUGAGUGGUCAUAUUCCCAGGGAGACCAUAUUAGAUGGACAACAAUAAGCUAUCUUCAAAGGAUGAGAUCAUGCGCACUGCCAAGCCAGUUGGAGACGCCUUUCAGUUGACUGCUCUUCAGUUGACCGAUGAUGAUGAUCACGGAAUGUUGUGGAUUAGAGGACAACAAGUCACGCCCUGUUUACACUUUAUAUUAACCCUACCCCUAUCAUAGCCCCAGCUCUAUAUGCUCAGCCUAAUUGGUCUUUCACUUCUUUUUUAUGAAUACAGGAGCAAGGGCUGUCACAUUUUGAGGUUGAUCUAAGGUCCAUGCGUAGUACCAUGAGAGCUUUAGAAGAUGAGCUGGGAACUCCUCUGGUAGCACGGCUUAGUCCAGAAGACCAACAAGAGGUACUACUACUAAGUACAGCGUAGUACAGUAGAGGGACCAAUAGCCCUUAUGCAUGUUUACGUCACACAAGCAAAUUUCACCACCAAGCCUCGUUUUGAAAUUAAAAAUAAGCGAAGUUUCACAGAAAUGAAUUCCCAAGGCAGUAGAGUUGAAAAGAAUACCCACGCACAAAACGUGCAAAUGCAAAAAAUUUUGUUCACAAACGAGGCUUGUUGGUGAAAUUUACUCGUCUGACGUAAUCAUGCAUAGGGGCUAUUAAGGUUUCCGGGAAACUGCCCACCUACCCCUCCCCUAAAUCAACGUUAACAUUUGCUUCUCACUUGGGGCAAAUGUUGGGUUAGGGGAGGGGUAGGGGGCAGUUUCCCAGAAACCUAAGUUGAUGCCAGUACAGUACAGUAGAUUACAGAUUAAUCCUGUUGUACCCCUGUAUCUCCGCCCUUCUCGACUAGCACUUGCCAUUUGCGGGCGGAAAUGGACUUCAUAUAAAUGUUUUUUGUUAAUAACGUGUGCGAACUGUAGAAUUUUCCACCAUCCUCCAAUCAGUAAUCUUGUUUCUAUGGAUUUACAUUGACGACUACAUGGUCAACCAAUGCAGUGAAACCACUCUUAUCUUGCGUACUUCUCUGCUUGUUCAAUAGAGACGUUUAAUAGUUUUAUAAACUGUGAAGGAAACACUUUUGAAAUGGGCUGUGUUUAAGUGUAGAUUACCCUUUGCAUCUUUCAGGUCGAUGAUUUAAACGUUGAAAUUUCCACUCUUCAAGAGAGGUUAAGAGCAUCUUUGGUCAACAGAACAAGGGUAAAUUUUCUUGAAAAGAAAGUGCGAAGAAAUUGUUUUUGUUGUUGUUUUUUAAUUGGACAAACCAUUAAUGACUCUGCAAGAACAUUAUCUGAUAAACGACUUUUAUUUGCAGCGCUGACGCUAUUUAUUGAUAUUCCAAAUGUUAUUUGAUAGAAGUUGAAUUGUUACCUUAUCUUCUUGCAGCUUGAAGCCCGGAAGAAUACACUGGAAAAUACGUUGAAUAACAAUCUUAAGAGAAAACGAGAGGAGUUGAAACAGGUCAGCUGGUCAAGCUUUCGAGUUAUGUACUAAACCAUUCCUCUUGAAGCCUGGCUUCCUUACAUUUGUCUGGCACGUCACAAUCGCCUGAGUUUCCUCAAAGUGCUAAUAGGGAGCUUAAGCAAUGGCGAUGGCAACGGCAACGAGAAUGGCAAAAAAAACAACAGGCUUAGAUAAGCAAAACAACAACUUUGCACGUGCAUCAUGCUAUUUUGUACAUUUCAUUGCUGUCACUGCACGACUACGUUGUGAAACUGCCCAAUUUCACGUUUUGUGGAGGCAACGAAUUUCUUCUACUUUUCUUAAACUUCAAUACAGUCCUUUAGAAUUCAACUCUAGAAACAUUUGUCAACAUUUUGUGCUUCUUUGUGUGGCUGAAAACGCUUGAGUUUGUCUGCCUUUGCUGAGCGGCCUCGUGAUGGCAUAGCCUAUUCGCCACUUGCGCAUCUCCCAUAAUGCACCUUAAUUGUCCCCCAAAAUUUUGCGUGAGCAUUGUUUUCAAUUUACAUACAUACAUACAUACAUACUUUAUUGGCUCGUCCCCACGGGGCUUUUCAGAGUCAAUUUUACAUUACAAAAUUAUAAACCAAGUACAUGACAAUAAGAAUAAUAUAACAAUGAUAAAAGAAGACAAAGGUCAAUAAAAUUAAUUAAAUUAAUUAAAUAAAGCAGUCAUUAAGAAGCUUUUGCCUGAGUGAACACUUGAAUUCCGUCACGGAUGGGCUAAGUUUGAGCGCAGGCUGCAACUCAUUCCAGAGAGAGGUUGCUCUAUAUUGAAAGGUCCUUUGGCCGCUGGCAGUGCGGAAGAGUGGUAUGUUCAAAAGUUGAGAAUUUUGGGACGGCUGUAAUACCCAAGAGAAAUGAAAAACAAAGGUUAUGCAAAAUUGUGGAAGGCAAAUUAGGUGCAUUAUGGGAGAUGUGCAAGUGGCGAAUUAACCUUGUAAUAUUCUCUGCAGGCUUUAGAAGAAAUAUCACUUGAGGACCACCAGCUAGAGUUGGAGACAAAAAAGAGUGAGUUAAACGCCGCUGAGCGCAAAAUCUCUCAAGAUUCAAAGAAGCAAGAAGGUAACUGAAGGUUUUUGUUUUGGAAUAUUCUUAGCAACAAAUUUAUUUACAUGAAAAAUCAAUAUUUUACGAGUACAGGCUACCUGCAAAUAGCGAAGUUAAUCGAGGCAAGUAGUAUGAAGACGUAUCACUUAAUAUUACAAUUUUAAUACAAAGAUUGUGACAAAAUAAUAAAUAUGGUAUUACAGAUUAAUUACUUGCAAUGAUGAUUUUAAUUAUUUUUGUCAUAAAUAAGAGGCUAGAGGAAGCCAAAAGCACUUAGAAAUUUAAAUAAAUUUUAAAUUUGUUUCAUUUCAUUCACUAACGUAUCUGUAUCAGCAUAACUGUCUUGAUUAAGGAAGACCUGAAAUGAGGAUUCGGUUAUUUUCUUCUUGAAUUUAUGUUACAUGUUUGGGGAGUUUUCUCAGAGCUCCUGGUGUACUGUUGCAAAUUUUGCGCCUAAAAUGGAGAAAGAAUUCUCAUGGUGAUUUACCAGAUAAUAGGUAAUACUGACAAAAAUUACCAGAGGAAGAAGAACAAAUGUUGUAAUGAUGAAUAUCUUAAAAACGCACAAGGAAGAAAAGUAAACCUAUGAAUUGUAUUUUCUCUAUAGAAUUAAUAAGGAACCUGUUUGAAAAGUUUUUGGGCGUUCCAGAUCAAAGUGGAAUUAAGGGGGGGAAUACCGCUUUAAGCAAGGUAGAGAACCAACAACAAACUCAACCCACAUAAAUAGGAACCUUAAGAUCUGACGACGGCAACGGCAACGAGGUCGUCUAAAAAGCUAUAGGUUUAAUAACGAAAACAACAAUUUUGCACGUGCAUCUGGCUUUUUUGUACAUUUCUUGGCCGUCACUGCACGACUACCACGCGAAAACGUUUUACAGAGGAAGUACACAAGCGACGACGAAAUUUCUCCUCUAUUUCUCAACUUGGAUAUGGUUGUUAAGAAUUCAACUUUAGGAGGGUUCACCUACAUUUAACAAAGAUUGUGACUUGGAGUAAUCACGAUGAAGAUUGAAAGAACGCGAAUUCACUUUUCCAGCGACGUUUUGGCUGCCGUCGCCGUCCUCGGAUCUUAAGGUCUCUAAUGUGGCGUUGACCCUGGCAUAUGUAACCCGGGUCCACGAUGAUAGGAAGCGAGUGCUCUCAGUAGCUAGUCUACAUUAUAUGAUACAAAGUGACGUUUAGAGUGUAAAACCUUUUAGAGUACUGAUUUGUUUUUUGUGCCUCCUGUAGAGCUCGAGCAAGAGAUACGUGAGUUAACGAAGCAAAAGGCCGAGCAACAGUCAGCACUGGAUGAGUGGAAGGUGGGUAUCAUCAAACCAUGUGGAAGAUUAAAGAAAAUUGUUUUUAAUGUAAUGAUUUUUCCCCUGAAAAUCAUGGUCUAACAAUUAAGUUCCGAAUCCAAAAAAAUUAAUGGGUCUUAAAGGACGAAUGCCUGAGCUAGCUAAAGGAAAAAUAAAUAAGAUUCCAUCUCCAAACAUUUAACAUUACCGGGAACGUCUGUCAUGCAGUUCUGGAGCGUCAUAUGCAAGUGUCAUAUUUAACGUUACUGACACUUCAAACGUGUUAAAGUAAUGUAGCUGGAUUUGUUGUAGAACUCGGCCCAGACUUUGUUCUUUGUCACUGAAUUCUUAGAACGUGGAAAAACAAAGAAGGGAUGCUGUUGAAGAUGAUGCUAAGCAAAUGGAGAAAUUGGCCCAUAAAAGAAGCCUUCUAAUGAAAAAGGUAAGAGCAGUGUGUUGUUAUGGCUCAUUAUGUGCGGCUACGUUGAAGUUUUUAGAAAGGCCCAGGAAGGAUUACCCCACCACAAAAAGACAAAUGGUAAAAACAUGGCAUCCUUCUUUUAUAGAAAGACAUUUUCCUUUUGCCUUCUUGCUUCAUCAGUACAAAGAGUAACUCUCGAGUUUUCAAACUUAAUGACAUGUGUUAUAUGUCAACAGAAAGAGGAAUGUGCCAAGAAGAUCCGUGAGUUGGGUUCUCUCCCUGCAGACGCAUUUGACAAACAUCAAAAGACUCCUGUGAAGACGGUAUGUUAAAUAAGUUCUACUUACAAACCUCUUUAACCGUCUGAAGACUGUCUCGUUUGAAGAACCUGCCACCCACCCUCCCUUAAUAUAAUCACAACGCUCCCCUAAUACAUAUCAAUCAAUCCAGUCCCCAAAUCAUUACUCUGGUGUUGCUAUCAAAUUCUCAUUUUUUUCCUUUUGGUUUUCAAUAUAGGAGGUGGGGAGAAUUUGUUGAAGUAUCAAUUAGAUUCAUCUUCGGUGAUCAUGCUUUCAAAUCUCAUGACCAACCUGUUUUAUGAAGCUUUGUUAUUACAAGGAGAAAUUUCAAGCUGAUCACUCUUACGGCUCAGUCUUUAAAUACGGGCAUCAAAGGGAUGGACAAUGCCAAAUCUCCUCAUGACAAAGGUGUCCUCAUUACAGGCGUAGGAAAUACAUGAAGUUUUGUUUCUUUGGGUCCCAAGAAAACAACUCCUAACCUUCUAACGCCCAAUAUGCACCUUCCAAUUCUCCAGACUGAUUUUCAUACUUUUUCUUAAAGAGUGAGUUGAAAGAAUUUGAUUAAAAGAUCAAAACAUUUUCUCAUUUAAUGAUCAUUUAAAUAUUUCUCCAAACCUUUUCUCUUGGUUAUGUUUUUUUGAUGUCAGGGGGAAAUUGAUGUUGAUCCCUCUUGGCAGUUGAGUUAUUUAUAAUUAGUAAUAAAUUGGUUUUAUUAUAUUGCCAGCUGUGGAAAAAGCUGCAUCAGUGUAACGAGGAGCUGAAGAAGUACAGCCAUGUUAAUAAAAAGGCGCUGGACCAGUUUGUCAACUUUUCAGAACAGAAAGAAAAAUUAAUGAAACGAAAAGAUGAACUUGACAAAGGAUACCAGGUAAAUCAUGAAUAGGAUGAUCAAGCUAUUUCUAGGUAAAGUUCUUUAGGUAAUUGGUAGUUUUCGGAAGAACAAGUUUGCUUGUUAAGUUGCUUAAAAGGUUUAGAAUUAAAACGCAGGGAAGGCUGCGCCCGGCAUCAUUUCAGAAAGAAUAAGGGACACGCUUAUUCGGGGGAGGGAGGGGUUAUAUGGGUUGGUGUAUAUACGAGACAGGGGCGUAUCAAAGUUAUGUUAGUAGUUUUUGAAGUCAUGAAUAUUUGAAAAUAAUAUACAGCUGUAUGAGUCCUGCGGGGUGAAGAAUUUUAUGAAAGAUGAUGCGAUGAUCUUUUAUGUAAUGAGUAGGUUUUGCUGCCAACUUUCAAAUCCUUUACAAAAUGAGCAAGAAAUUGUGAAAAGGGCAACAUAAAACCACCACUAAAAACUCGGGUGUUGGAGUGAUGUUGACCCUUUUUUAGUCAUGGAGGGGCGUCCUGAUAUUUAUUGACUGUUCUUUUUUAUUUUUUUCAGUCUAUUGUGGAUUUAAUGGAUGUUCUUGAACAACGUAAACAUGAAGCCAUUUUAUUCACUUUUAAACAGGUAUCUUUGGAACUUCUUAACUACCUAAAACCACAAAAUAUAAUUGUUUACUUAUGCAUAGGAAACGGGUACAGAAGUCAUCCAUCUGAUUUCCGUUAGAUUUAUAGUCCCAUCAGUGACAGCCAUACCUUGCUAGAAAAGCCUCUCUUUCACUUGCUCGAGUUUUGGCGUACUUGACCAUGUGCUGCUUGUUCCGGCUGGGGUACAGUUUUGAAUCCAGGCCUUAUAGCGGGGCGCUUGGUAGAGCGGGAUCAAAUAUGACCAUCAGUUUGUCAACAGACGGAUGCUCGCGCUCUAAAAACCAGUUUUACGGGAGAGAACAAGAUGGACGAGUUCAGAAGUUCGAGCUUCGGCGACUUUAAAGACUUAACGCCAUCCAGCAAGCCUCCAUUUCUCUUCCUCUUACGAAAACAAAAUGAGGUUCUCCUCAUAGGGUGCACUACGUUAAACCAGUGCCAUUACUUUCAGACCGUCUUCUUUUCACUGCAUUUGGGUACUGUGAAUUCACCACAGAUUUGGACGAUUUUGGCAGAAGUCCCUUUCAAUAUUGUCAUAUUUUUACCUUCCAUGUAUGUUUGUCAUCUUUUAGUAGGAAGCUACAUGAAACAACGUCAUUUUUGAUUAAACCUCACCUGUCAGUGUUAAAACGGUUUCGUCUGUUUUAUCAUCAGAUGUCUCACAACUUUAGCGAGGUGUUCAAGCAGCUCGUUUCAAACGGGAAAGCCACCCUAGUAAUGAAGACAGAUCCAGUGGAUCAACCGGUAAAUCACGUGCACUUCUCUGACCUUUGUAUGCUGAUGUAAUGAUUAAUAAACGGGGAGUGUCUUAUCAAGUUGACUGACACUAUCAUUUACUUACGGUAUAGGAAAACCGUUUCAUUUUGUUUCGCAGACUGUCUUGAACAGGUCUGAAGCCCUCCUGCCACGGAAACCGAUCGUUUCCGCCAUACAAACUCGGGCAGUGAAACUGCACGAAAAUUUCGAUCACUUCAAGUAUAGUUGGCGGGUGAACAUGACAAACAUUUAGGGUGAAUAUUCCUCGUUCCUUAAGCCAAUUACGUGAAAAUGUUUACACCUCCACCGAAUCAACUUGUAUCGAACCGACUUUAUAUCGAAACGACCAGUAAGCCUGCAACUAUGCUAGCGCUGGUUCGGAUGCAGGACUCCUCACCGCAAAAGAAACUCGCGACGUAACUCAUGUUUUUCUUGUGUUCUGUUUCUUCACCGUUAGGAUGAGGAAGACGGCGAAGCAUCUUCUCAACAGUCACCUGUACCCCUUGUGGACCAGUUCACGGGGAUAAGCAUUAAGGUAACGCAACACUAUACUUGUCACACUCCUCGCGUUACCGUCUUUCAUUUGUUGUCGCACAAUAGCUUAUUCACUGUCGUUUAUUACUUUCACCAACAUAUUAGACCCCUGCUGCAGGGGUCUAAUAAACCUUGUAUAGGGAUGAAAGACACUUAUUUCCGCUUUCAAAGAAUAGAAAUUUCAUGGUCAAAAUAGCACUUAAAUCAUAUUUAAUAAAUUUGCAGAAUACUCAAUAAGUCGUUUGUAAUUUUAUUACUAGUUAUUAGACAAUCAACGUUUUCUUUAUUCUUUCUAUUCACUUGUAAAUUACCCUAUUGUAUGCUGUUCUUUAUUUAUAUAAGUAUAUUUAGUUAAUAAAAACAAAUCUAAUGUAAAGAGGAAGUCUUACCUAUAAGCCUUCAUAGUUUCUUAAGACUUCCUUGCCUUUGAGUUUCUUUUUAGUUUCGUGUGGAUUUCAUGUAAUGUAAUUUUUAUUAUUUCCUUUCCUUUUUUUGUAAAAAGGCAUUAAAAAUCAAAUCAUUCAGGUACCCCCUGCCCUUAGACGUCUAUUCCUCCACGCAGGGGAAUAGGACACGCAACGCUUUCUGGGAGAUCCGUCCGCCAUUUUAAGAAAAUUUUCGACAUAGACGCGACUCAUUUUUUGACAGAGCCACAGGCAGCCCAACAGAAAAGACUUAAUGUGGAACUCAGCGCCGGGUCAAAGUCAGGAGAUCAUUUUGAAAUGAUGAAUAUACAUUGUAUGAAUUCAUUUUCAUUUGUUUUUACCAUAUUCUUGUUAGGUGUCGUUUACUGGCAAGUCCGCCGAGACCCGUGAGAUGAACCAGUUGUCGGGUGGGCAGAAGUCUCUUGUGGCCCUGGCGCUGAUAUUUGCCAUUCAGAAGUGCGACCCAGCUCCCUUUUAUUUAUUUGACGAGAUUGACCAGGCUUUAGAUCCCCAGUUCAGAAAAGCUGUCGCAGGUAAAGAUGAAUUCUGUCUUAUCCAAGCUGCUCUUAAGCUUAUAUAAACAAGGGUUUUAGUUUUAGUUUAAGAUGUAAUAUAUCAAGCAUGAGACGCAGUGUUUCAUCACCAGGUGAAACACGGAGAAGAAAGUUGAAAAUACGACGCGCAGCGGAGCAUUUUUGAUGAACUUCGAGGUGUUUCAUCUGGUGAUGGAAUGCUUGAUAUUACUUUUGAAACAAAAUGAUUUUAGAAGGAGAAAUUAAGGAGGCAAAAAUGAGGAUAGCCGUCCCUAUUCCUGUACUGUACGAGUUAUCAAUCUCUCUAUGCGUCUGCGAGGGUUUUCUUUUUCUGGUUCGUUAAGAUGACAUAGAUGACGGUCUCCCUUGUUACGUAAAUGACAGAUCGAGUUCAGUAUUUUUGGCUCUUUUGCCAGUUUUUGAUCGAACUCGUUGAUAUUUUGAGUUACAAACGUUCGCAGAGACCUAUGUAGUUACCAGGAUUACCUCUUCUUCAAUUGGCUAAUUUACAGUUACGUGUCAAUAACCUAGCCUUUGAGUGAAAGCGAAGUUAGCGGUGAUUUUCUUUGAUAGAAGCGUUAGUGCCAGUGUAUAACUGAGGGCAUGAUUUACAUUUUAAAAGAACUGAGAUUUUUAACAAAACCAGCCUUGCUUCCAUUCAAGGACAAGAUACUUGGAACACAACUGCAAAAUGCUUUUUAAGCGUAACGAAUAAGUUUAUGCUCGAAAUAGCCAUCUCAUAAAGUAAGGUUUAUCCAUUCUCGGUGACUGGAUAUAUCUGUACAGUAGAACGUCGAUAACUCGAACUCCCCGCUAACUCGAACUAAAUUUAAUUUCCGUUGAUCAAAAACUGACUGAAAUUUACCCCGAUAAUUCGAAUUCUGAUUCUUGUAACUCCACUCGGAUGGAACAGUACAUUUUAAUAGGCCACUUUCACGAUGAUGAUAUUUGACUACAACUACCAGAAUCCGUUUCGUUUAUGCUUUCUUAUUUAAAUUUGCCAAUCCCGCUGAGAUUUAGAAAACAACAGCCCUAAUUUGCACAAGAAAACAACAAACUGAAGGAUUCUGGUAUUAGUAAAUCAACGUCAUCAUGCAACUUUCCUAUUGGUGAAACGAACAGAUCAUGUUUUAUCGUAAAAAAUGCCUAAUCGUGCUACCGUUCAUGAUGAAAUAAGUUACAUUUGGAUUCUACUGUAUUUAUUUGUUCAUUUUUUUUUUUUAAAGAAAUGCUGCGCAAGUUGGCAGAGAAAGCGCAGUUUAUCACCACGACCUUCAGGCCUGAACUACUGGAGUCCGCUGACAAGUUUUAUGGCGUUAAAUUCCGUAACAAAGUCAGUCACAUUGACGCCAUUACCGCUGAACAAGCAAAAGAUUUUAUCGAAGAUGAUACGCAGGACAAGUAAAAGUUGCCGUUUCCUUUGUAUUUGCACAGAGAUAUAGACAUUCUGUACAGCGUAAAAACUUUUAUCAAACCAUUGUCUGUUUUCGUGAAUGUUCUUUAGAUAAUUAAAUAUUGUAACCGCCUUGUCCAAACAAACCAAAUGGCGCUGAUGUCAAACGUUCGCAGUUCUCAGUGGUGCAAUUUUAAUGUCCACCCUAAACUUUGUCAUUAAAGUUGUUAUCAUUAUUC